AUGGGCUCAGAGACCCCUGUGGACCAGAGCCUAGGAUGGAUGGCCUCCCGGGCUAAAGAUACUUUAUGUCUAAGUCAUCCUGUACCCAGGAGGGUGCAGGGUACAACGCCAACCCGACCCCAUAACUGUAGGGACUGGUCGGGGACAAGUACUGUAGGGGGCAUGGCCCUAAAAGACUAUGUGACCCAUGUGAGUCAUGCUGCGACUGCCGAGGGUGGACAAGGGGGAGAAGUGUAAUAUAUAAUUAUAUAAUAUUCAAACAUACUGUCCUAUGAUUGUGUAUUUAACCUUUUUUUGAGAUCUAUAUUGGAAUGCCGAUACAAGUUAAAGUUAUAUUCCAAGUGGGAAAGCUAAGUACAAUUUUUGGUUGUAAAUUGCACUUGGUCACUUUUUUUGCUAUAUAAUAUUGCACAUAUUAUUCUCACUUAUUUAAAUAAUUAAUUUUGGUCUUAAAGGCACAGUGCACUUUACUUUUGGUUUUGUAUAGUUACACGUGAUUGAGCUUUUUCACUGUAUAUAGUGCUGCUUAUUACAUGUAUUUAUUACUAUCAAUUGAUUCAGCGCCAUAACACUAAUUGUGUGUUUUUUAGUAAGGGGGAGAUGUGUGACUGACCGCCAUCACUAAGUACCACACCCAUUGCAUAUUUGUGUGUUUUCCCUUUGUAUCGUGUGGUCCCUCUAUUAUUUUUACGUUUUUUUAUUUAUUUUAAUUUACUUACUAUUUGUAUUUUAUAAUAAUAUAUAAGUACAAUAUAUAUAGUUAUAUAUAUUAUACAUAUAUACAUAUAUAUAUAUAUAUAUAUAUAUACACGUGUGUAAUUUAAUUAUAAUUGUAUUUUUAUAUUAAUAUAAAAGUACACUUAGUAUGACAUUAUAUAUAUGCUAUAUAGACAUAUAUUAUAUGAAUAUAAUAUAUGUCUAUAUAGCAUAUAUAUAUAUAUAUAUAUAUAUAUAUAUAAUAUAUAGAAAACGUCCCUGCACUCAAGCUGUAAUAUUACAAAAAAGUUGCCGGGUGCCAGCCUGGACUCAAGGGUAUCCAGAAAAUUUCAAAAAGUAUAGCUGCACUCACGGUUGAGGAAUAAAAUCUUCAAUGCUUUAUUUGGUCAUUUAAAAUAAGGAUCGACGUUUCAUUCCAACUUGUGGACUUUCCUCAGGAUCAAGACAUGUCUCUCUCUCUCUCUCUCUCUCUAUAUAUAUAUAUAUAUAUAAAAUUAUAUAUUUUAAUUAACAUAAAAAAUUUUUUAUUUUUUUUAUUUUACGAUUGCAGGGAGACUGUCUGUCAGCACAGGCAGUCCCCCUGCAGACAGACACUUGGACACCUUUUGUGGCGGGGAGACUGCCUGACACACCGGGAGCAACGCCGAUCGCUGCCGGGGGAACGACGGCGAUCGGGUAAGUACAUCACACCGUUUUGAUGGUACAGGACUGUCACUGUUCCUCAAGGGGAUUUUUCCGAUGAUGGUCCUGAACCGUCAGCGGUCGUGAAGGGGUUAAAUAUUAGUUUCAUAAUAUAUCACACUUUUUCAUCAUGUAUAUAUAUAUAUAUAUAUAUAUAUAUAUAUAUAUAAAGUUCUUGAAUUACUUGAAUAAAUUCAAAUCCAAUUUCAGUUUAUUCAAGUGAUUCCAUCAUAAAGCAAAAAAAUUUACGUUUCAGGGGAACUUUCAUCUGGACGGCGACUUUUUUGCUUUAUGAUAGAAUUACUUGGAUUUGAAGACCUAGAAUGCUGGUAUGGAUUUAUAAAUCUUUUUGUAUAUACUUUGCAUAACUGAGCACCAGACACUUUAAUCUGCAUCAGGUGUACUUGAGACAAAACCUGUUUUGCAUAUUUGUGCUGUUGUGAGGGAUUCUAUCCAAGGGGUUAAAUUAUUUUGAGACUGGAGAAUUCAUUAUAAGUUGCAUUUUAGUUUGAAUAAUUUUGAUUACAACUGUAUGUAUAUAUAUAUACAUUAUUUCAAAGUCAAGCUUUCAAUAGUUUUCCUCUCUUUCCCAGGUCUGAAGCAAUAUUGAUCAAUCUGAUAGAGAUUAACACUUAAAACAACUGAUUUUAGAGAAGGGGAGGGAGGGGGUGGUGAGUGGGUAGUCAUAAAUAGCAGAAGAUGUGCCUGAAAGUGAAAGGUGCAGAUUGGUUGAGAAUAGCCAGAAAAAAAAGUAAAUAAACAGAAAAAAGUAAAUAAGCUAGUUAAAAAAAAAAAAAAAAAAGAAAAAAACAAACUCCAAUAAAACCAUAGCAGAGCAGGGCAUGCACAUAUAUAGCUUCAUUUGUGUGUGUCUAUAUAUAUAUAUAUAUAUAUAUAUAUAUAUAUCACUGCAAUCUGUCAAUAUGGGGAUGAAGGAGGGAAUGCACCAUCUUGCUCUUUAAUGCAAUUUUAUUGGCACAUUCAUCAAGUCAUAUGGGAAAUAAAACUGUACACCAAUAUUUAAUAUGUCAAAUGAAUACAUCUUUAUACGUUCUACAGUGAUUCCCAAUCAUCCCCCUCAUCGUCUGAUGAAGAGUCUAUGACUGAAGAAGAAAUGGUAGUACUGCUGGAAAAAGUAGAGGAAAAGAAAAAGCUGAUAGCCACUAUUAGGAAUAAGCCAUGGCGAAUGAAGAAAAAGCUUUCUGUACUAAGGUAAUAGAGAUGGAAUGGUUUUGUGAGUAGACAUUUGUAUCACAAUAUGUGACACAUUUUUACAGGAACUCUAAGCAAAACCACGUCAUGUUAUGCAGUUUUAAUGCAUAGGCCCGUAAAACAGUGCUGUUUUAGAGAAAUGGUAAUGUUUAUUUUUUUCUAAAAUACAUCUCUAGUGGUUAUCUGAAAAACAGCCAGUCUCUGUAACAAAGUGAAAUAAAGAUGCAAAGGGAAAAGUGAAAGUACAAUUUAAAAAAAUCUAAGUAAAAUCUAUACUUUUGCAUAUUUACUAAAAGGCAAAUUAUAUUUAAUGACUUAUUUCAAGACUGUUGGGUUAUUCACUAAGUUUACAUCUGUAUAACAUUAACCCCUUAAGGAUGGCAGACGGGCUAUGCCGUCCUUAAAGGGGUGGACCUAAAUGCCGGAGGACUUAACUUUUCAAAAUAAAACCUGUACAUGGGGAGGGGUAUUGUUAUACCUGUUUCAAAACAGUAAAACUUAUCACAAUGAUGAUAUCACCAGUAAAAGUGCAGUUUUUGUGUAAAAAAAAAACUAAAUUUCUUAAUUUCUCACACAUUUUUUACAUUUUAUUCAUAUUAAAUUUAAUUCAUAUAUAUAUUUAAUCUGAAAUGAAAGCCCUGAUUCUCCUGAACAAAAUGAUAUAUAAGUGUGGGUGCACUUAAUAUGAAAGAGGUGAGUUAUGAUUGAACCACAUAUAGUGCAAAUUCUAAGUUUUGUUUAUGUUUUGUUUUGAUCACAACAAUUUGGUGCAUCCUUGAGGGAAUAAAAUGUAAAUGGCAAAAUUAAAGCAAAAAUCUGUUAAAAAACUAACUUGGUUAUUUUAGACUAAAUGUCACCAUUCAGAUUUCAGUUGGCUACAUUUCAGAGUUUAAUAAAUAACCCUGCACAUACCAUUAAUGUUCCUCUCAAACAUAGAAUACUUUACGGGAAAUAGAAGACAAUCUGUGGAUAGGUUUGGUAAUUAGAUACCUGACAAGCAAGGGAGCUUCUUUUUCAGGUAUCUAGAUUCUCAUCUGGUUUACUGUUUUAAUUAAAGGCAUUUAAGAAUGUAAUCCUGCUAUCAUGGUUACACGGAGUUGUAAAAUCUCAAUGAGUCUACUGUGACAUUGACACAAAGACGUGAAAUACUGUUGAAUAUUCAGCUACUGUAUCUGUUAUAUUAAAUCAUGACGUUCUGUGAUUGUGCUUGUUUAACAAUGUUCUAAAGUUGAAAUGGAAGCUGGAGGUAAAACCAAUUUUAAAGAAGCUGCACUUUCAUGUAUCUAGAUACAGAUCAGGUAUUAACCCCUUAAGGACCAAACUUCUGGAAUAAAAGGGAAUCAUUACAUGUCACAUAUGUCAUGUGUCCUUAAGGGGUUAAGAAAUCCUAAUUUGAAUAAUUAGCUAUUGUUGUAUAUGAACUAUUAAAUGGUGAAACCAUGUGAUUAAGCUUCUAUACGGAAAACUAGAGUUAAUACAUACAUAUAAAAGCUGAUGUUAUAUUAAUAAUAACUCGAUCAUGAAUAGGAGGUUUGUGGAGCCCCAUAAUCCAGCUAACUUCACGCAUGGUAUAUGAUAUUUUAAAGUAGGGGUGCUUAAAAGGUAGAUCUGCAGAUGUUUUAAAACUACAACUUCCGUGAUGCUUUGUCACUCUAAAGCAGUCUAAAUUUUUAUUUAUUUAUUUUUAAAAUCUAUUUACAGUGGUUUGACAAAAACUGGGGCUCUUCUGGCAUCCAAAUCCCAGACCCUUUACAAUGGAAAAUGUCAAGUGAAAGUUUAAUUCCCAGAUUAAUCGUGAAAAUUGGUAAACCUCUAAAAGCAAUUACAGGCAGUGAGCACUACUUAGUAGAAGGAUCCCUUUAAAGACAUUUAAUUAGAGCAGGUAACAUGAUCUAUAUAACAAAAUAAAAGCUUCAUUACUAUUGGCUUUACUGGCAGUUUACAUUUCACCUCCCUUUAGGAGUGAUGCUGAAUGAACAGAACCAUAUUAUGGAACACACACAACUUACCACAUAGUUGCCACCCCUACAUGUGGGUAGUGGCACACCCUAUCUAUUUGACUUUGUAUCAUCAUAUGAUGACCGUCUGGUUAUAGGGACGGAAAUGUGGAAUUUCUAGUGAUAAUAGAUAUAUUUUUGAAAUGUUAUGAAACCUUUCAGUUACUUGUCUUAAUUCAAAAAAUAAUAUUUAUAUUAUAGCUUGGCAAUUCUAUUCAAUGCUCCAUUCAAUUAGUGUCCAACCUAUAUAUUCUGAUAAAAUUCCUAUUUUAAUCUCAGUGAAAUAAAUGUCGCUGUCAGUGUGUUUAAACCAAUCCAAAUAGUUUUUUAUACACAGUAAUUUCAAUUUAAAAAAAAUGUGUUUUUAAUGUACUAGGGAGGCUCAGAAGUUUGUGGAGAAAUUUGAAGGUGCAUUGGGAAAAGGAAAGGGAAAGAAAUUCUAUGCAUAUAAAGUUAUGAUGUUGAAGGUAAGACAUUCAUUGUUUUUCUUUCACAAUUUCUUUCCUCUUUUCUUGCUUAUUUUCCCAAAGGAGGCUCAAUAUCCCUAAGAUUACUAGUUUCUCACAUACUUGUUGAUAAACCUGACAUUUAUAUUUUUAUUUAAUUAAGAUUGUUGAUUCUGCACAUUCUGUCCAUUCUACCCUAGGCUAGAAUCUACAUUGUAACUGACAGUUUUCUACUGUUAUUGUGUCUCUAAAUAUAUUAAAGCACAAAAUAAAAAUUCUAAUAAAAAAUAUAAUACAGCAUGUUAGACAGAGACUAGUUAACAGAAACAACUUUAGAUUCCAUAGGCUAACAUGCCGCAUACACAGCAGUGCCUCCAUCAUAAAGUUAAAUUUGAACUCCAAAGUUAACAUUUUUCUAAUAUUACUGUUCUAAAAUGAAUUUUGAAUGACUGCAUUUGAAUAUUUAUAAAAUGCUUCACAUGCAUGGCUACAAGACUUGAAACACCUGAAUUAGACCAACCUACAAAAGGAUCCAACAAUAUUAAUUUUGAUCUGUCACUUCACAGGAUGUUUAAUAAUAUGUUUACUUAUCUCCUACAUUUAACAAGUAUGUAUAUUUUAUGUAAUACUGAUAUUUCCAGAGAAAUUACAGUUCCCCUUUAAUGCUCAUCUCUGACCUAAAUCCUCAUUUUGUUUGAAACUUAAAAUCUUCAAUACAAACUUGAUAAAUCAGGGGGAAAUGUAAGACUCAUAAGCCAAUUGUAAACUGCCAAAUAGAAAUGUCAGCAGAACGGCAUAUAAACAGAUUUACUGUUAUCCGUUUUCAAGAAGUUGCUCAUAAUAUUAGUAUUUUGAACCCUGAAUAUUGAACUAUAUCUCAAUCUGUGUUGCUGGUCCACAAACUAUGUAAUAUAUAUGAGUUUUAGUCUAAUAACAGCAAGAUAAUGAAAUUUGACACCUGGUGUAGGCUUUUUCCAUAUGCUAAUCACAGAGUGAUAUAAUUUCCAACACCAAAAUAACUGUUAUUAUAAAAAAACACUAGUCUAAUUGAAUAUGAGGACGUAGCAUGGUGUAAACCUUCAUUUUGGUAAUCAUGCUAUGUAAGGGUAAUUUUUAUUUUUAUUUUAAAACUUUAAAUGAAUUUAAAACUCAGCAGUACUUUUCUAAAUGAAAGAAACAAUAAAGGAAUACUAUAGGGUCAGGAACAGAAACAUGUAUUCUUUAUCCUAUAUUGUUAAAAACACCAUCUGUUACCCCCUUCUCCUCCCACUUUCCCCUAAAUAUAGUAAAAUAUUUCCUUGAUUCCAGUCUGCUGCUGCUGACUCUACCCAUGAUCUGCCUGCUUGGCUGACAUCGUCAGAAGUAGUGAUCAAAACCAAUCACAAUGCUUUCCCUAGGAACACAUUGGAUUGGCUGAGACUGUCAAGGAGGUAGAUAAGGGGCAAAACCAGCACAAGCCAAACACUGCCCUGGUCAAUCAGCAUCUGCUCAUAGAGAUGCAAUGAACCAAUGCAUCUUUAUGAGGAAAGUUAAGUGUCUCCAUGCAGAGAGUAGAGAUGUUGAAUGUGCAGCAUUGCCCCAGGAAGCACUUCUAGCAGCCAGCUAAAGGGGUAGCCAGUGGCAGUAUCCCUAGGCUGUAAUGUAAAUACUGCCCUUUUCUCUGAACAAACUGUAUUUACUGCAAAAUGCCUGAGAGGAAUGAUUAUACUCACCAGAACAAAAUUAUUUUUUUCUAGAAUAAAAAAAAAAAAAAAAGAAGCAUAAAUAACUGUUUUAAAAUUGUGAUGAUUGCUAUGUACCAAAUGUGUAAAGCAUAACCAUGGUUUUAAAAUGUGACACAUGCUUGGCUAAUGAUAUAACAUUGUAAGAAUAAUAGCUAGUGUAUAACUGGAUAAAAUAUGCUCUCCAUUCUGAAAAUGAAGCUCAUCCUGAAGUUAAUGACAUACACUUAUGUGUAGAUGAAAAAAAUGCUUCUUUCUAGUCUGUUAUCCAAAAGACCAUUGCCAUUGUGUAGAGAGCAAACUUCUGCAAUAUAAUUAUUUUAAAAUAGCCUACUUUGAAGCGUAAAACUAGAGGUCAUUGUCACCUUGCAGGAACAAAUUGGUAGACUUGUAAUUUGUAAAAUAGCUGUGAUAUAACUAGGCACAUUAUCUACAAGCAGCAGAAUUCUUACCGAUAACUUCUAAACAUGUAGGAAUUUUUGUUAUUUUUUUUUUUAUAUCUUUUGUUGCAUUUUCUUUUUGAGAAAUCUGCUACUAAGACAAAAAUAAUAUAGCAUAUGAAAAUAACUUGAGUGUGCAAAAGGAAAAAAAAUGCAGAAAAAAAAAUAAUAUGUACCAUUAUAAGAAUUCUACUGGAGAUUAGUUAUGUGAAUACACGUGUUAGAAGAGAAGUGCCCCAUCUAAGACUAUCAAACAUUAUAAUAUAAUGUUCUUAUAUUGCAUUGCAUUCUUUUCACUGUGCCCUUUGGAAUACACUCUCUGUCUGUAAAACUAUGAUAUCUAUUAUUAUUAUGAUGUUUAUAGAGUGCUGUCAAAUUCCGCAGUGCUUUACAAUGGGUGGACGAACAGACAUGUAGUUGUAACCAGACACGUUGGACACACAGGAACAGAGGGGUUGAGGGCCCUGCUCAAUGAGCUUACAUGCUAGAGGGAGUGGGGUAAAAUGACACAAAAAGGUAAGGAUAGUAUUAGACUAAUGACAGUUGCAGAAGAGGAAUCAGUCAGGAGCUAUUAACAGUUUAAUUGAUACGCUUUUAUGAAGAAGUGGUUUUUUAACACUGAAGGAGUGGAGACUGGGUGAGCAUCUAACGGAGGAGGGAAGCGAGUUCCACAGGAACAGUGCAGCCUUCGAGAAAUCUUGAAGGCAAGCAUCAGAGGUGGGAGUACGGACAGAAGAUAGACGUAAGUCUUCAGCAGAUCGUAAGGGCCUAGACGGGCCAUACUUGUGUAUAAGGGAGGAUAUAUAGGUGGGAGCAGCAUUAUGUAGAGAUUUGAAAGCAAGAACCAGAAUUUUAAAUUGAGCUUUAUAUUUUAUAGGAAGCCAAUGUAGGGAUUGACAGAAGGGUGAGGCAGGGGAGGUGCGAGCGGACAGGAAGAUGAGCCUUGCCGUCGCAUUCAUUAUGGACUGUAACGGCGCUAGCUGGGAGCACGUAAGACCACUGAGAAGCAGAUUACAGUAGUCAAGGCGAGAAAGGACAGUGGAAUGGACCAACACCAUAGUCGCAUCUGGCGUUAAGUAGGCCAGAUGCGUUAAUAUCUGGCGUUCAUAUCUACUGUCAUUCUUGAUCGCCUCUUAAGCCUCUUGACACAGACUAAAAUCUGUCUCUCUCCCUCUUACACUGCUACCACUGCCUGCCUAUCCUAUGAUAGAUUGCACAUAUCACACACUCCCAGACCAUGCGAUGGAGUGGGGUUUUUUCUCUCCUCUCCUUCCAACCUUUGCCAACUACAACUACAAUUAAUUAAUUAGGAUACACAUUUAAUUAAACAAUUAAAGUGAGUUAAAUAUUUAUUUUAUUUUCAGAAAUGGAUAAAGUUUAAAAGAGAUUUUGAAAAUUUCAAAACAGCAUGUAUACCAUGGGAAAUGAAGAUUAAAGAAGUGGAAAGUAUGUGGAAUUCCGAAAUCAUAUCUGUUGUUUGUCUGUAUAGGAAACUCAAUAUAUGUAACAUGUCAGUCUGAACACAUUGUUCUUAUGCUAUUUGGGCUUUUUUUUAAUAAACAAAAAGUGACAUUGUGCUUAAAAUAUAUUUAAUUGCCCAGGAGUUAUGUUCUUGAGGGCAGUCUGGGCAUGAAUAGAUUCAGGGUGCAACUACUUUUGAGGCAUCAUAUUGGCAAAUCUCUGACCUAUUCUUUGUUGGAAAAAAAUCCAGUGACUCAACCACACUCAACCACAAAUUAACAGAUAGUAGAGAUCUUGGUGCUCUCCCGACUACAAUUGGUAUUCUAUAGCACUCACACUUUUUAUAAACCCCCAUACCACAGCCCAUUGGAAGAGGGAACCUGUAAGAGCACAUUCAUAGACCAAACCAUACAUCAUUGUAACACUUACAUUGUCAUCCAUGUUUUGAGGAAGAAUAAGAGAUCAUUUGUAAACGUCCUAUUUUGUUGUCCAUGAAAAUCCAGGAGACCCUUUUGUAAUAUUUUAGUUUUUUUGCCCAACCGAAGCACAGUGGUGUGUGGCAUAUGUGUCACGACUACCAUUGUGGUCCAACACGCAAAACUAUGUAACAUCUGCAUAGACUGUAGAAGAUAGACUGAAUGUAAACCGGUCCUUAGAAUGGCCAGGUUAAUAUGUUGAAAGACAGAGAAUGGUCAAGGGAAAGCCGAGGUAAAGGAAGCCAGAAAUAAAUGAGAUCGAUAAGGAAAGCCAAGUCAGGGAAACCAGAGAUAAAAGUAGUCAGGAAUAGCUAAAGUCAAAAUAUCGGGAAGAUCAAAUAACAAGAACAAGGAAAAUGCACUCUCGGGAACUAGGAACUGAAACCACGACAGGGCCAUGGACUAGGGAACCUUAGGGGUUUAAAUACCCCUCCUUGUGCUGUGAUUGGUCAGAGCUUGGCCUCUGACCCCAGAAUGUGUGUGUGCAUCGACGUUAUGUCCCUAGGAGGCGGAGCUACAAAUGGCCGCGACCUUGUGCGCCAUUUUGUUUGCUGCUUGUGGAUGGGACGGACGCCCCAGCAAGACGGCUCCUGGCUCACUGCUGAACAAGUAAGUUCACUAACCUGUCAGCAUAGUCGCUACUAUAAUAGGUUGAAGUAAUUGCAGUGCUUAGAGUGUCCCUUUAAUAUAGUUGUAAUGGAAAGUCAGCUAUUUUUGUAAAAGUACAAAUCCAACAAAAUCUGCCAGUGUGAAAGAGGUGCAAAAUGUAAAUGAAUAUCGGACUUGAAGAUUUAUUUGUCCACAAGAUGAUCAUGUCAUACAGCACUAAGCAAUUUGUUUGCAAAAUCAGUGCAACUCAAUCUUUAUAUUUUAAACACAAAUUUGGUACAUUGCCAUUAAAUCGAACUUAGAAAAAAAUCCUAAAAUAUAAGUUGAAAACAUAGAAAAAGCAGAUUUGGUUUCUCAUGCAUUCUCAGUGCAUACAAUUCAAAUUAAUAAAAUGACCCAAGUGAAGCCUGACUCAUUUUAAUUGCUGCUUCUGAGUUAUUGAAACGUUUAAAAAUGCAGGUCACGUACUAAUAGCAGUUUGCAUAAAAAUUAUGAAUUAAUUAUAAUUAGAAGAUAUGGUAAACAAUUGUGUAUAAAAAAUAUGUAAAAUGCAUACUGUGUUACACUGUUUAAAGUAUCUUUAUUCAAAUCCCUUCAAUUUAUAUUCUAAUAGUAUAUUCUCUCAAUGCAGACUAUAAUUUUAUUCUCAAACCUAAUAAAAGAAUGGCUUGCUAUGUAUUUGUAUUACAUAAAUCUUUAAUAGGAUAGCAGCAUGAUAUGUGGGGUUAUACACUAAAUAGAGACUUUAAAUUGAAUUCAAAGUGAAUUUCAAAUUUAGGAUAAAAAUAUCCAACCUGGAAACAUUCUCAGCUAUGCUUCCAAUUUGGCUAUUUUGGCCUUACAUUUAAAUUCACUUUGAAUUCUCACAUUUUGAAUAACUCUGCCAGUGUUGUUGAGAUGUUUUAAAAUCAACAAAUAUUUGAAAUAUACAAUAAAAUUCUAAGCUAAAUUCUGUAAAAUUAUCUUUACCUGCAUAGGUUUUGUACAUAGAAAAAAAAUCAAAAUUGAGUGGCAAUCCCAGUCUCUAGUUAAAUUACAAUAAAAUUGUUCAAAUACAAUUACAAUUAUUUAUAUAGCGCCAAUAUAUAGCAUCAACAUAUUCCAUAACGUUGUUCAAUAGUUAAACAAGACAAACAUUGAAUUCUAGAGAAACAUGUAUGACAUACAGGUAGUAGGUGAAGAGGUCCCUUCCCAAAUGAGCUUACAAUCUAAACACAUAAAAGACAUUGCCUUAUUAAAUCUGUAGACAACACAUAUUGCAUGUCACAAAUCAAACAAUGACUGCUGGUACCAAGCAAAUAAAUGUCUUGGAACCCCCAGGGAUUCCUGACCUGGAGAACAGGAACGUCAGCAUAUAUUAUACAGGUCCAGUUAAACAGACUCUGACAGGGUUAUUCACUAAAGUCCGAAUGGCCCCAUACCGAACUUGGCAAAACCAUUCAGCUGCAUACAGCACCAUGUGAACUGAAAAACCUGGUCACUGAUCAUGCUGUUUCACAAUGUCCAGAUUUUACAAUUCAGGUUCCAAAUGUAUCAGCUUGUCUGAAUGCUGCAGGAUGGCUGAAAGCCAUACCCGAACGAUUUAAAGUCAGGCCUAAAUGCACCAAAUCUGUGCCCAAAUUUUCAAAAUCUGAACUAGUUGCCCACUUCAUCGCUAGCAGACAGCGGGCAAAUAGUUAAAAAAACCAAAAACUUAGCAAUGCAAGGGUUAAUUACGUGGCCGCAAGCCAGCUUUUCCUAUCCAUCCACCACAUUAAAGUAAAGAUAAAUAAAUAAAACCUACCCAGUAGUUGCGGGUGGGGGCUCUCAUAAUAAUAUACAAUGGGAGGUCAAACCCCUAGCCGCUUCCUCUUCAAAGAAAUGAAUCCUACCUACCCCCAUCACCCAAAUAUUAGUAAAAUCUAGCCAUUAAAACUAUCUAAAAAAUAAAUAAAUAAUACUUACCAUCUGAAGUCUUCUUUUAUGAAAAUUGUGUCUUUGGCCCUCAGAUACCAUAUUCUUGCAAAUGUUCCCAAUGGCAAGUAUCGAGGGAAGUGAGACUUACCUAUCAGAGCACUAUGUUUGGUUGGCACUCUAGUUCAGAGCGCUCUUAUAAGAAUUCAAAGUGUGCAUUGUGCAUCCCACUGUCUCCUGUCUUCCAGGGUGAAUCUCCUCUUAAACCCUCUUAGAAUACAUCUGUCGUGCAGCUUUAUAAACUCUAAUUGUUAUUUUUUUCUUUUUGCAUUUUGGCAGUGCACUAUAAGGACAACACCAAGCAUUUAAGUGUUGAGAUUAGUUUCAUAUGUGCAGUCAAUAGAAAUUGCUUAUUUAGUCUUAUUGGAUGACCUUGUAAGUGCCUGCUUUUAUAUGUUCUUUCUAUAUCUCUUUCAAAAUCAGAUUUCUUCUCUCCAGUAUUCUUUAUGUAUUUAGAUAUAUUUAGAUGUGGGCUGACAGGUCUAUUCUUUUUUUACUACAAUUUGUAUAUUGUAUCAUACAUUUUUUUAAUAGAAAAUAUUAAUACAUUAUUCAUUUUUAAAAAAAAUACUUAGCUUAUUAAUAAAUUGGAAAAUUGUGCUUUUCACUUUACCAGGUCAUUUUGGUUCAUCGGUUGCCUCCUACUUUAUAUUUCUGAGGUGGAUGUACGGCGUGAAUCUGGUAUUGUUUGGUUUAAUAUUUGGACUUGUGGUCAUACCAGAGGUGAGUUAUUAUUUCAAGGUCACUUAAUACUAAAGCACAUUAUCAGGAGUGCUAUAUGAAUUCAAGUCAAUCUGUCACGUAUCUUCCUGCUAUGUCAUGAGUGGGAAGGAUGAUAUAUACCUCAGUCUAUGAUUGCAUAAAAUUGUAGACUCCUACAUAGAUCUUUUCACACACAUGCAUAAGAUGACAUGGGCCAUGGAUGAUAUAGUUUACUCGCCACAGCUGAUGGGAAAAAUUCCUUUUGCCAUGCCUUACCAUACAUAAUCACAUACAAUAGUAAAAGCUGUCCAUACUAUUAAGUUGGUCAUUAAAAUAGUGUAUAUGCGCCUUACUAGUAUAUCCAUAGAAGAAUGCUUAUGUACAUUUAUGGCAUGACUUUAAUGUUUUAGCACAAUACACAGUAAGCUUCAGUAACAAAGUUAUGAAUAUGAUCAGGAAACAGUGAACUAAAAUAAAAAAAUAUUGUUAUUCUACCACCAGGGUAUCAGGUAUCUGGCACAACUUGAAACCUUUCUAAAUCCUUCAAUAUGAGAACAUAUCACUAUCAGAUAAUUUGACAGAACAGCUACUUAUUCACGUUCACAAGCUAAUGCUAAAUGUUUUCUGUUCACCCUACUUUUUAUUGAAUAAACAAAUAGGUUCAUACCCAUUUUAUUUAGGACCACCACCUGCCACCGAAGUGGGGAGGCUGGGGGGACAUUAUGUCCCCCAAUAAUUUGUUUUUAAAGCUAGGUCCCUUCCCUUUAGUUUAAUAGCCCCCACUAGCAGGGCAUGGGUGGGAGCAUGGGAGGACACUAUGUCCCCCCAGUUAAUUAUUUUAUUAGGUGCCCCACUAUGCCAGGUCCCCUUUACUGGAUUAGCAAUAGCUGUCCAUUCGAUUGACUUUUUUUUAUAACAACUGGCUGAUUGCUGUUUAGUAGAUAUGGCCCUAUGGGGAAUUUUGGAAGCUCUAUUUUAAAAUAUUACAUGUAGGGAACUGUGAGCCAGAAGCUCCCUCCUUGUAACUAAAACAAAUUAAUAAAUGAACGAAUUGCACAAAUGGAAUUUCAUCCAAUGAGCUAUUAGUUUUUUGUUUCAUUCAUUGUAAUUUGUAUUUGUUCAUUUGUCUUUUGGAUGAAUGGAUGAAUAGCCCAAGUCUACUAUCAGUAGAAAUGAUGCACAAAGAGAAGGAGGAUAGGACAGAGAGGUAGGCAUUGUGAAAUAAUUUUCUUUGACAAAGUAAGUUGAGUUUGAUUAAAGGAUCACUAGUGUCAGGAAAACAAACCCUUUUUCCUGAAACUAUGUCAUCCUUGGGAUACCCUCACCCUCAGGCUUGAAAUCCAUCCAAUCACAGUGCUCUGUGUCAUUUUACACAGCGUGGGAAAAUUCCAAAGAACUUUCCCAUGCUGUGUAAAAUGACACAGAGCACUGUGAUUGGAUGGCUUGAAAUCCAUCCAAUCACAGUGCUCUGUGUCAUUUUACACAGCAUGGGAAAAUUCCAAUGGUCUGCUUAAUUAGAGAGCCACCUCUUGAGGUGGCCAUUUUUAAAAUGAUUUAGGGCAGCCUGGAGGGCAAUUGCCUCUCUGCCCCUGUCCCAGCCUGCUCAUGGUAAUAGUGCUUAUGGAUCUUAGAGUGCUCCCUAAGACAUUUACAUCAUUGAUAUAUUAAAAGUAACUUUGUUUUCUCUUCUUCCAUGAACACUGACUCAGAUUUUAAUGGGUCUCCCUUAUGGAAGCUUACCACGGAAAACAGUUCCUAGAAGUGAAGAAAAAACAGCUAUGGAUUUCUCUGUACUUUGGGAUUUUGAGGUAAAAGUCUUUCCUAUUUUUAUUUUUUUGUUUUCAUUUUAAGAACUUUAUACAAAAAUAAUUGUGGGGUUCAUACAUUACCACACAGUGAACAAGAUAAAUAAGACAAUCUAAAAAAUAUAUUCAAAAAUAUUAAAAUGGAUCUUGAUUCUUGGAUAGGACACUGGUGUUAAGAUAGAGGGGAUAUGAUAGAAACAUUUAAAUAUAUAAAGGGAAUCAACACAGUAAAGGAGGAGACUAUAUUUAAAAGAAGAAAAACUACCACAACAAGAGGACAUAGUCUUAAAUUAGAGGGACAAAGGUUCAAAAAUAAUAUCAGGAAGUAUUACUUUACUGAGAGGGUAGUGGAUGCAUGGAAUAGCCUUCCAGCUGAAGUGGUAGAGGUUAACACAGUAAAGGAGUUUAAGCAUGCGUGGGAUAGGCAUAAGGCUAUCCUAACUAUAAGAUAAGGCUAGGGACUAAUGAAAGUAUUUAGAAAAUUGGGCAGACUAGAUGGGCCGAAUGGUUCUUAUCUGCCGUCACAUUCUAUGUUUCUAUGUUUCUAUAGAGUGCAGAGAGCAGAUGUAAAUUGAAAAUGUUCAAAUAGGACAAAAGUGGUAGAUGAAGUGCUUCAAGGUUCUGCCCUGGGUUCACUGCUACUUUAUCUUUUUGUAAAUGAUCUUGAAGAGAGCAUUGAAAGUUAUUUUUGGGUGUUUGCAAAUGACACAAAACUAUGUAAGAUAAUACAGUCUGAACAUUACAUUAUUUCUCUACCAAGGGAGUUAGAUAAAUUGACUGGACAGGCAAGUGGCAAAGUAGUAAGUGGCAAAUUUGUGUUGUGAUGUACAAAAUACAUGAUAUUUGGCCUUGUGGCAAACCACUGCCAUUUUCCCCUGUACUGUAUUAUGUUGCUAAGUGUAGUAUUUUAGUGAUAGUUAUUGUGUACAGAGAGUGAAUUUGGUCUGAUAUGCAGAUUUAAAAAAAAAAUCUCUUGUGUGUGGUAAUAUCUGAAAAUUUACUUUGAUGAGGAGGAAAUAGAUAACAGUUACAGAAGCAGUGGUCAUGUAAUUCACAUAAUGCCAUCUCAAAUGUGCGGUUCAUGCAAGACGACCAAAGACUUUGCAUGACCUGGACGCAUUUUGCCAAGAUGAAUGGGCAACUAUACCACCUUCAAGAAUUAUGGACCUCAUAGACAACUAUUAAAAAAGACUGCAUGCUGUGAUUGAUGCUACAGGGGGCACUACACAGUAUUAAGAACUAAGGGUAUGCAGACUUUGGAACUGGGUAAUUUCACUUGUUUCUUUAUUGUAAAAGGAAUUUGAUUAGUUUGUACCAGUUGAGAAACAUUUGUUCACAAAUCUAGUAGGGAUACGUAAGCAUACACACAUACAGACUGAAGAGUAAUGCUCAGUAAUGCUCCAGCAAAGUAAAGGCAGUGUUGAUUUGUUUGCUACAGCCCUGGAGUUAGGAAAUUUAGGGUUACGAGUGAGUUUGAAUGUGGAGGUUAAUGGGGUAACUUGGGGUUACAGUUAGGGUUAAAAUAACAUCUGAGGUCAAUUUUAGCAUUACAUUUGGAGUUAUGUUAAAAUAAAAUAUGGGGUUUACUCACAACUCUUGGCAACCAUAGCUUUAUUUACCUUGCAGGUCCUCUUCAAGCAUCUGAGUAAGUAUGUUUUUUUUUUUCUUUCUAAAGGUAGCAUACGUCUACGGGUUACCGAUGUUUGUAUGACACUUGCAACAAAAUGGCAUCUCUAGCAAUGCGACUAUGUAAUUCCUUUAAUUAAAACAUAUGGGGUUUAUUUAUUUAUUUAUUUUUUUUUUUUAAUACAUUCAACUGUCUGUUUUAUUUAUUUAUUUAUUUAUUUAUUUAUUUAUUUUAUUUGCAUUUUAUAGAAUUCACAGUCUUAUUACAGGUAUACAGGGUAUGCGGGUUACAGUCACAUUACAACGGAGAGAGUACAAUAUAGUGCGCAGCAUGCUUUGUCAAAGUAACAACUUAACUAUACAGUAAUGAUACUUGUGUUGAACAUUCAUGUAGUAGUGACAUUAGAGUUGCACCUUUAAAACAAAUAGACAAAUAGACAACUCAUUCUGACAUUGCUAUUGUACCCAUGUUUGUGUUGCUCUCUUUCUUGUCCAAUGGGCGUGAUAGUGAGAGUUGUCUUUCCAUUCCGCCAGUCUUGGUAAGUGCUUAACUGUGAAGCAACCCCCAUCUCCCUGAUGCUCAACUACUUUUCCGGUGAAAGAAUUUUUUUUUUUUUCGAACAUAUGGGGUUUAUUUAAUAAAGUUAUGCUGAGUUUACAAACAGCCUGCAAAAUGUAAGCCAAAAUAGAUAAGCUGAAAGAUAUCAGGAAUUUUGGCUUAAAUGUUGCAAAUCAGAGUUCACAGUUUAGUGAAUAUACAACUUUAUACAGUAAGCAUCAAACAGGCCUUCUUUGUUUCGAUUUGGUGACUGAUUAUUAUUUUCUCUUGGAAGUGGAAGUGGAAGUGGAACUGUCACUGUCUGGGGACUUUGCAUAAUUUGCAAAGAACCCAACAGUGUCAUCGUCGCUGGAGGUCCAGCAAUGGUGAGUUUUACUUUCAGUGAAAUUCUAACACAGACAAUAAGAGUAUUUCAUUAAGAAAAAAAAUUAUAGAAUAAUCAUUUUGCAGGGGGAGAUGACAGUGCCACUUCAAAAUUUUGUAUUUGAACACAGGGAAUAUGCUUAAUUCGUUGGUCAUAACAUAUGAUACAAAUCUACUGGUAUGCUAGCUGUGAUUUACUUUUUUUUCCAACAUAUAAUUAUAAAUGUAACCUUUGUCAUGUUUUACAUUUUACAUUUUACAUUUUAGGGAUAUGCCAAAUAUUCGGUUCUGUUUUAUGGCUUCUACAACAACCAACGCACAAUCGGCUGGUUAAAAUUUAGGUUGCCAUUAUCUUAUUUCAUGGUCGGAGUCGGUGUCUUUGGAUACAGCCUAAUGGUUGUUAUUAGAACGUGAGUAACAGGAAAUAUCUUAGAACAUAAGAAAAUAAAUAAAUAGAAAUUAAAUGAAAAUAGUAGUCUUAAUGUGUAGAUGUUUUAAUUUACCUGCUUAUAUAUCAGGGCUAAUUGUUCAUGUUUAUCCAGUUGGAACAUUGCGGGAUUCGGGUCUUCAUGGGCCUAGAGGUUGUAUUGUCAAUAGGCCCACUAAAAAAAAAGUCGAAUUAGCAUUUUAAUGUCACAAUAUAUAUUAUGAACUACAUAUAAGUCAUAUGGCAAAUCUCCUACUGGUUCACUUCACUACACAAUUGCAAUGUCACAUUUAAAGGCUGACACACAACAAAAAACAGCUAACAUGCACAAUUCAAGGUCAGUCCAUUCCAAAGUGAUCUUUGAAUUUUCCUGUUUCUUUCUGUUUGUUUUUUAGUGAUUUCCUCUAUGCAUUCACUGGGUUUUUUUUUAUUUAUACUUGGUUUAAUCAUGGUUGCCACACACAGUGCUCCAACAUUCAGUGUAUCGACUCUCUGCAUGGAGACACUCAACUUUCCUCAUAGAGAUGCACUGAUUGAAUGCAUUUUUUAUAAGGAGAUGCUGUUUGGCCAGAGAUGUGUUUGGCUUGUGCUGACACUGCCCCUGAUCUGCCUCCUUGACAAUAUCAUCCAAUCCAAUCAUUUCCUGUGGGAAAGCAUGGUGAUUUGGUGAGAUCACCACAUCUGAUGAAUGCAGGGGCAGAGCCAGCACCAGCAGACUAGAAUAAAGGUAAGAUUUUACUGUAUUAAGCGUGGUAAGGGGGUUACUUGGGGGUAAAGGUGGUAAGGGGAGGAUAAAUAGUGAAUUUAAAACUACAGGGUCAGGAAUACUAUAGUGUUCCUUUAAUUUCGGGUUCAUUAUCUCUGAUGGGGGUCAAGAUAGGAACUUGACAUUUUUUAAAUUAUACGUCCUCUAUAGUAGGGUUUGAGUUGGAGAUUCCACUGGUUCAAAGCUAAGGCUAGUAGAAUUUUGGGGACAAACAAAUUGUAUUUAUAUGUUUUGAGAGAGAAACAGGUAUAAUAUAAGCAUAACAAAUGCUAAAAAUUAAAAGUAUUUAACAGGAAUUAUGUUUAUAGAAACAAACAUAGAAACAUAGAAUGUAACAGCAGAUAAGAACCAUUAGGCCUAUCUAGUCUGCCCAAUUUUCUAAAUACUUUCAUUAGUCCCUGACCUUAUCUCAUAGCUAGGAUAGCUUUAUUCCUAUCCCACGCAUGCUUAAACUCCUUCACUGUGUUAACCUCUACCACUUAAGCUGGAAUGCUAUUUCAUACAUCCAUCCACUACGCUCUCAGUAAAGUAAUACUUCCUGAUUUAAUGUUUAAACAUUUGCCCCCCUGGUUUAUGUCCUCUUGUUGUGGUAGUUUUUCUUCUUUUAUAUAUAGUGGCCUCCUUUACAGUGUUGAUUCCCUUUGUGUAUUUAAAUAUUUCUAUCAUAUCCCCCCUGUCUCGUCUUUCCUGAAAGCUUUAUAUGUUAAGAUCCCUUAACCUUUCCUUGUAAGUUUUAUUCUGUAAUCCAUUAAUCUAUUCUGUAAGCCCUUCUCUGAACACUCUGUAAAGUUUAAAUAUCCUUCUGGCAAAACGUUCUCCAGUACUGUGUACAAUACUCCAAGUGAGGGCUCACCAGUGUUCUGUACAAUGGCAUGAGCACUAGCCUCUUGCUAGUGCUAAUACCUAUCCCUAUACAACCAAGCAUUCUGCUAGCAUUCCACGCUGCUCUAUUACAUUGCCUUCCUACCUUUAGGUCAUCUGAAAUAAUUACCCCUAAAUUCCUUUCCUCAAAUAUUAUAUACUCUGCCCUUGGGUUUUUAUGUCCAAGAUGCAUUAUCCUGCACUUAUCCAUAUUAAAAGUCAGUUGCCACAGCUCUGACCAUUUUUCUAGUUUACCUAAAUAAUUUGCCAUGUGGCUUAUCCCUCCUGGAACAUCAACCCUGUUACAUAUAUUUGUAUCAGCAGCAAAAGACAUACCUUACCAUCAAAACCUUCUGCAAUAUCACUAAUAAAAUAUUAAAGAGAACUGGUACACCACAAUUUAAAACCACAGGUUUGAUCAGAAGCUGUGAGAUUUCCACAACUUUUCAGAGAGACUGAGUGAGGAAGAGUCCAAUGGCAGUAGUCAAUUUAGCAGGUGUCUGUUUUGUGAGAACAUUGUUCAUAGAAACUCACGCUUUGUCCCGAGUAGAUAUCAUGAAUGAUGUUCUUUGUCUAUGUGGGUGGAAGGAUUUUACAAAAACAUCAGUUUUCCUCGCUGUUGUCCUCAACCAAGUCUAUCUGGCCAUGGUCAUCACAGACACUAACCACCUGAUAGUACUCUCUGACUCUACCUCAAAAUGGUAAAGCCCAGAAUUCUCUCGCUCUUCAUCACUUUUGACAUCAAUCUUCUUGCUUCAAGGUUGCAUCAAGGGUGAGGAAUUGACCCUCUGUGGUCCUUUUUUCCAUUUGUGGUUUUCUGCUUAGUUCUUACUCCAAUCCUGUAAAAUGCAUCUUUGCCAUUGAAUAGUGUGAAGAAGUUCCAGCCAGGCUCGCUAAUCUGAAUUCGCAUAUUUGGUGUCUGUCAUCAGCAUGCACAGCAUGCUGGUGACAUAUUACCAAUGGCAUCACCCCUUCUGUGCCAACCAAGUCCUCCACUGUACUCAUUCUUUGGAACAUCCCUCUCCCUGCAGUCACAGGAGGAGGAUCUGGCUGAUUUUAUUAAUUAAUUAAUUUAUUUUUUAAGAGGUGUGGUUGUCACCAAAGGUUGAAGGACAUACAAAAUGUACUGCAAAUGUUUCAGAGUUUGACCCUUCAUUAGUGCAAAUUAAUCACUUUUGUGAUUUAGUGCUGCUCUAAUUUUUUUCUUGUAUUAAAAAAAAAAUACAUACGUAGUGGCCACAUUGUCCCUAACUAAUCUGAUUGAGUUGGAGGUACAGAUUAGAGGCAAGAAAGCUGAUAUACCAUCAGAACAAAAUGCAGGGACAACAGUGACGGAAUUUACACUCGUAGCGGAGCUGCGAUGCUGAGACUGAACAUCUCCGCUGUUAUCCUCUGGAGCUGGAAGGGAAGUGCUGGUUAGUAGAUAUAGCCUAUUCCCCCAGUAACAACACACAGUUCAGGGAGUCAACUGAUUUUAUUCUGGCGACACACGGCUUUUAUGCACAGACCCCUACAUUGCAUCUCCUAUACAAAAAUACAGGGCUUUUCCUCAUAAGAUACUCUGUGCCUGAGAGAUAAUUGCAUGAGAAAAAGCUAAAGCUCAAUUAUCUCGCAGGUACAGAAAAAUCGACAAUAAUUUAAACACCCCAAAAAUAAAUUUUAAUACUUCAGAACCCCACAAAAGUCACAUCACAGAAUAGCUUGAAUCUGAGCACACAUUUUGCUGAAAUAUCAGUCAGAUCUUUUUGUUGGUUCGGGAAUGCCAUGCGAAUGAAUCGGCCACGUGGUGAUGCCCCAAAACAGUUCCAGAGAAAACAAGGCAAUGACCAGUCAUAUUUUGGGGGUUCUCAUACAAACACUGAUAAACCCAUCCCCUGGCUGUUAGGAUACGAGUGCUGUUCAUAGUUUCUGCCUCCCGAAUGCUGUACUCCUAUCUGUUCGGGAAAGUAUACAAGCAGCAGUAGCCGAAACUAAUUUCAUGCACUCGACGACCAAGUACCACUGCCUACGUUUGGGAGACAAAUGGACCAAAACCCAGGGAAAGCACUUAAGAACUCCUUAAUUGCGGUUAUCAGCCAGGGGUGAUCGGUGUUCUAAUUCGAUAACAGGGAGGGACCACACACGCUCUGUUCAGUUCCCGAACAGGGGGAUACAUGUUUGUUCGUAGAAACUCAAUAUGGUUUUGGGCAACCCCAGGGACUGAUGCCAGGUCCGCCACAACCCUGAAGGCCCUACUAGACAAUUUACAUUGAAAUAUUGCUGCUGACAUCUCUGCGUUUAAAGAAGAGAUCAGCGGAGUCUUGGCCCACCUACAUGAUACGGAGGUUGCCACAGCUGCCCAAGAGACACGGCUUACUUACCUAGAAUGGGACCUGUAAACGCUACGGCGUGAUUAGGCCCAGACUCAAUACCGCAUGGCGGCAAUGGAAGAUCGGAGGCGGUGGAAGAACGUAAAGGUGCGCGGCCUUCCAGCCAAUGUCGUCACAGCCGAAAUAUCUCACCUGAUCCGGAGGCUUCUAACACACCUAUUCUUUGCCAAACAAACCAAAUUAAUGGUACUAGAUGGCUGUUACAGGCUCUUAGCACCUCCAGCAAGCACUACAGGAGUGCAUAGGGAUGUAAUAAUCCGCUUCCAAAACAGCCCUGACAAGCAGGCGUUCAUGACCGCCAUUCACAGUAAGUCACCCUACAACUUUGAAGAACACCAGCUGGCAUUCUUCCCAGAUGUAUCCAGAGCAACCUAUCUAUCCUGGACUGGUGAAGGUCCAUGAGCCAGAAGGUCCAGAUCUAUCCAGAGCAACCAUCUAUCCUGGACUGGUGAAGGUCCAUGAGACCUUUAACCAUAGAACUCACAAAACACAAGAUGCCUUGUAAGUGGGGAGCCCCAAGAAGUCCUGAUCCCCCACCACUCUGGGACAUUGAAAGUACUGUAGGCUUCUGAAAUACCUGGCACGUUCCAGAAGAUCGGGUUGUCCGCUGCCACAGAGGGAUAACUGAACACAGCUCCGGCCCCACAGUCGACUGCCUGGGAUCCCACAAGGGUUAAUCCGUUUGUGCUUGCUGCACUGAGGGGUAGCCCUGUAACUACAGCGGCCUCCUGAACUGCCAAAGAUCACCUGCAUUGAUUUAGUUCUGAUUAGUUUGUUUCGAUAAUUUUUCAGUUGAAUAUAACCUCUUUAUAUAUUUGAACUAAUAUGCUCUUACCACAUAGAAAGCCCUUUGGGACACGUCCCUUUUCAUCAAUACACCUUUGCAUGGGGGUCAUACCCCUUUACACCGCUCCCCCACCCCCCACUCACUCACCUUUCUUGUCAUUGAGCUUCUACUGAGCACCACGGGUGACAACCUCUAGCCCAACUACUUUGACUUACAUACUUAUAUUCGUAAAUGGCAAGAGGUACAUAGCCUAUGCUACCCCUUAAAACCAUACUCUAACCUACAGUAUUUCCAAUAGGGAUAGUGGGUUCAGUCCUCACUGUUUGAAAUUACCAUAAUGUCUUUGCUUUUGUUUUCACUUUUUCAUAACUAUAAAGCCCUUAAUUCAAUAGUCCACAAUACUGUUCACAAUAAUGGCUAAUAUUCUGAAUUGUACAAUGUUUCUCUAACCAUGCUCAUACCUGAACAAUGCCUGUAUCUUUUGUGGAUUAAGAAUAAAUAAAUAUUGACAAAACAAAUUAUCUGAAAAAGGGCAAAAUAAAAAUGGUUGAAAUGGCCGAACAUUUUAUUUACUUAUUAAUUGUGCAAUUAUAUUAACAUGCAAGUCAUUUUGCAGCUCUGAGAAACCGUGUGACAUUAAAACAUUAAACGCCACCUGAAGGAAUUAAUAUAACUAGUUGGAGCAUAUUUAUAAGAACCAUAAAUGUCACUGUGACUGGUUACAAAAUUAAAUAUUGAUGAUACAGAUUAGGAUAAGUCUAACAUACCAAAUAAGAUGUAAUUUGAUAACCCAUGAAAUUUAUUGUAAUCCUCAAAAACAUAUAUUCAUUUUUGGCAUAUGCGUUAUAGAGAUAAAGAUUUAACUUCACUAGACAUUGUGUCAUACAUUAGUAAACAUAGGUUUCCCCUAAUGGUGGUCACCUCAACUGAGCUCUCAAGGAAGGGGGUAACUCAAAAGAAGUUUAAUUACUCAUAAAAAAAGAAAUCACAAUGAUCCCACUAAAACUUGAGGAGAACAAAUGGGCGAGAGCACAGUAAAAUGUAAAGAAUAAAGAAAGAGACUCCAACAUUUAUUAGGAACUAAGAAAAAAAAUAAUAAGCUCAUCACACAGUGAUUAUAAACACUUGUCUAAGAAAACAAGAGAAGGGAGGAGUGGGCAUAAUAGUGGUACUCUCUACCAUAUCUCCACACUUCAAGAAUGAUAGUGACUAAACACUUUACAGGGAAUAAGGAGAAUGGGCCCCACUUAUACUGUAGUCAGGGUGCCCUUCUUGAACUAUCUCAGGGUGAAGAAACCAAAGUGAGCAGGUAUAUUUGGGACCAAAUGAGGGAGAAGCAAAAAAAACAAAAACAAAAACCAAGAGAAAAGAUGUAGCUACCAAGGAUCCCAAAGUCUAAGCCCUGCUCAAAAAAAUAGUCUCACAAAAAAGUAUGAGUUAAGGUUAAAAUCGCCUCGACAUAGACCUAAUACCAUCUCUAUCCCCAGUCUCUAUCCCCAAUUCCCAUACUACAUCUCCUAUAUCACCACUUCAGCCCCUACCACCUCACUACAGCUCCUGUUCCCCCAUUAAAAUCCUUGUCUCCCCACUACAACCCCUAUUCCUCCAUGACAGCCAUUAACCCCGACACCCAAUUACAACCCAUAUACCUAACUACAGCUUUUCUCACCCCUAUAUAGCCCAAAAUGCAAGAGUAGGGGAAACCCUUAGGAGGGAUAGUAUGAGGUAAAACACAACACUAAAGGGAAGGGUCAAACAAGUAGUCCCUAGUUACCCAGGCACUGCAAGACACUAGUGCCCACCUGUACCAAAUGUCCUUUAGGCAGGUCAAAAGCAGAAACUAAGGUGCAAAGCAAAAAGAGCUACCCAUAGUGUAUAAACAAAAAAUGAAAAUGUCGGACGAGUGUUUCGCAGUGCACAGUGGUGUAUUUUGGAUUUGUGCUGCCCUGUGACUAAAUUCGGGCACCCCCCUAAUCUAAAUUUGCCCCACCACUUUGUGUCAAGAUCACUUUUUGACUGACAGACGCACACCCUCAUUGGCACAUGCACUCACUGACAGAUACACAGUCAUUGGCACACACAUACAGCCAUUGACACACACAUACAGCCAUUGGCAUGUACACUGUGUGAACAACCCACACUUUUACUGACAGACACACACUAACACACCAACUCAGUGACAGGAACUGUGGCGGAACCAACCUCGCCACUGGCCACUGGAGGAGCCUGGUUGCCCGCCUCCUGUCACUGGACUAUGGCCCCAUGUUAAAAAACCUUUUAUUUUCCCUAUGUGAGCAGUGUUAGCCCAGAUAGCUAUGCCAUGGAGCCUAUUCGUGUAACGAAAGACUAUGUGAAAGACUUUGGCUCCAUGGCAAUUGAACUGUGUGUAUGUGAUCUGAGCGCCAUUCGGUAAUAAUGUGCGCUCAGAUCUAAGCUAUAUGGGGAUAAGUUGAAUGUAUAUGUUUUAUGUAGUAAUUGUAACGCUGUGUAAUUUUAUGUCUUUUUACUAACAUGUGGCUAAUGGAGUUUUGCCUCUGUCCUUGGAGAUAAUUGGAUUACUUAUCUCCAGGACAGAGAGGAAGGAUUAUAAUGCAUUGUGGGAGUAUUUAAAUGUGUAAGCUUGUGAUUGGUCAAUGUCCCAUAUGUAUCCCAGUUUCCCAUCUGGUCCCCUAGGGGGGUGUCCACCAGGUGGGAGACCUGCAUAAAAGCCGGGCAGGUAGCCCCAGUAAAUCAGUUCUGCUUGACCCUCAAACGAUGUGUUGUCUCGUUCUUUGGGGGAAUUGGAUUGUAUGCUGUUACAGUGCGACUGCCAGGAGUGUUCAUAUGGUUUUUCCUGUUCGGCUGUUUAACAGCAUUAGUGUGUUUCCUGUUCGGGAGCUGGAGGAUUCGUAUGGUUCCAGUUUGGGAGUUGGAGAAUUUGUGUAUUUGCAGUUCGGGAGAUUGGUGAUUGCAGUAGCUGCCUGUGCAUCUGAAAGGGGAAUAUCACCUAAACGGUUUUUAACCUCUUGUGUGCAAAACGGUCCGUUACAGGCACACACUCUCAGAUACACAUACAAUGGCAUACAGUCACUGACUCAAACAUUCUCACUGAUUUGACACAUUCUGGCAGACACACACAUUCACUCACUCACAGACACACACAGACAGCUACACACACUCACUGACAGACAGACACACCCACAGUUACUGACAGACACAAACACACACACUCACUGACAGGCACACACUAACAGACAGAGACACACACACUAACAGACACACACGCACAUUCACUGACAGACACACUCACUGACUGACAAAUACACACUGACAGCCCCACACACACACUCACUGACAGCAGGGGCGGACUGAUCGGUUGGGUACUUCGGACAUGGUCCAAGGGCCCAGCCAAGAAAGGGGGCCCACUGCCCACUUUGUGUGUCUGGCACUGUCAGAAACUACAACUUUGACACCGGCCGCUCGAGUCCGACAGGCAAUAACUGUGACAUCCUCAAGCCCAGUGAGGAAGAAGUACUUACCAGAAGCAGAGGUAGGGCCCGGGGGAGCAGAUAGUGAAUGCGUGCUAUGUCACAUAUUGACAUUGAUGUGCGCCUUCUGCACAGGCAGCAACAAUGUAAAAAAAAAUAAAAAGAAAAAAAAAAUAUCAGGGGUCCCUAUAUCAGUGCAUCCAGGCCCCUGAUCUAUGUAUUGCUGCUGUGCUGGGAGGAAGUCUCCUCCCUGCUUACCAACAAACUGCUGGGAGAGAGAGAAGGAGACCAAGAGGGAGCAGAGCCUGACUCCCAUCACCUUCAGCCAGAUGCCACUGGACACCAAAAAAGUAUGAAAGCAGGAGGGAUGGUUACUAUGUAAUGUUAUCUAUGUUUCUAUCUGUAUCUGUGUGUAUAUGAGUAAGGCUGUGUAUUUAUAUUAGUUUCUCUGUGUAUAUGUGUGUGUUUGUGUAUCUGCAUGUGUGUUAGUGUGUGUUUGUGUAUUGGUAUAUGUGUUAUUGUGUAUAUGUGUGUCAGUGUGUGUCUGUAUCUGCAUGUCUGUACCUGUGUAUCUCUGUGUGUAUAUGCAUGUGUGUCUGUGUAUCUGUGUCAGUGUGUGUCGUUAUGUGUGUGUGUGUGUAUAUGGCAGUGUAUAUGUAUAUGAGUAUACAUCUCAGCAUUCACACGCCAACCCUACAGACAAAUACACCCCUGCAUUUAAACAUCAACACUACAUACACACACCCUACAUUCAAAACCAAACACUACACAGUACAUAAAAACACACAACACAACACUAUACACAAAUACACCUCUAAAUUCACACACACAUACUCCAUACAAGAAAAUACUUACAUUCCAACUUGCAAACACUGCUCAGUGCUAAAUACAACCCUGCAAGGAUGGGCAAAUGGUAGAUCCCCAGCUGGCAAAACAUUGCACUAGUUGUACGACAGUUGUCCAUCCUUGCGAUAGGGGGGCCAAAAUAUUCUUGCACCAGGACUCUCUCUAUUUAGUUCUGCCAUCGUGUUUCUUUGUAUCUGUAUGUGUGUAUUUUUAUUUGUAUGUGUGUCUGUGUAUCUGUAUGUGUAUCUGUAUGUGUGUCUGUGUGUGUGUGUGUCUGUGUGUGUGUCUGUGUGUAUCUGUAUGUCUGUGUAUCUGUAUAUGUUUGUGUGUUUCUCUGUAUCUAUAUGUAUUUGAGUGUGUGUAUCUGUGUAUGUCUGUGUAUCUGUAUGUGUUUGUGUCUGUAUAUCUGUAUGUGUUUGUGUGUGUCUGUAUAUGUCUGUGUGCAUAUGUGUAUCUGUAUGUAUGUUAGUGUGCAUCUGUAUAUGUGUGUGUCAGUGUGUGUCUGUGUACUUGUAUAUGUGUCAGUGUGUAUUUCUGUGUUUAUACCUGUGUAUCUGUAUGUGUGUCAGUGUGCAUCUCUGUAUCUGUAUGUGACAGUGUGCUUCUGUGUAUCUGUGUGUGUGUUAGUGAGCCUCUGUGUAUAGGUUUGUGUGUCAGUGUAUCUGUAUGUAUUGGUGCGUGUGUGUGUGUGUGUGUGUGUGUAUAUAUAUAUAUAUCUCAGAAUUCAUAUUUCAACACUUCACACAAAUUCAAACAUCAACACUACAUAUAGACACACCCCUACAUUCAAAAGCAAAUACUACACACAAGUAAACCACUCCUUUAGAAGUGUAACAGUACCUAACAACACACUACACACAAAUACACCACUACAUUCACGCACACAUACUGCAUUCAAAAACAUGCUCACAUUUAAACAUACAAACACUGCACAGUGCUAAGUACAACACUGCAAUUAUGAGCAAAUGGUAGAUCCCCAGCUGGCAAAGCAUUGGUGGAGUUGUACCUUUUUUCCAUCCUUGUGAUAGGGGGGCCUCAAAAUAAUUAUUGGACCAGGGCCCUUUCUAUUUUAGUUCCACCACUGAGCGCAAUGCAGAUUAUCAACUUAAAAAAUGGUACACAUAGAAAAUCUUAAUUUAGUAAUGCAGGGGAAUAUUUAAUCAUAGGCAAACUUAAAUAUACACUAUAUAUAUACAGUGCUCCAUUUGCACUGAUGCUUUCCUGUUAUAAUCUUAUCCCUCUACUACAGCCCCUAUCUCCCAUGAAGCCCCAGACCACCCAACCCCCACACCAGUCUCUAUCCCCAAUUCCCAUACUACAUCUCCUGUAUCACCACUUCAGCCCCUACCACCUCACUACAGCUCCUGUUCCCCCAUUAGAGUCCUUGUCUCCCUACUACAGCCCCUAUUCCUCCAUGACAGCCCUUAACCCCGACACUUCAGACUCUAUCCCCAAUUACAACCCCUAUACCUAACUACAGCUUUUCUCCACCCACUACAUCUCCUAUGGCACCACUACAGCCCCUACCACCCCACUACAGCCCCUCUCCCCCAUGACAGCCCAUAACCACCCAAGCCCCACACUACAGUCUCUAUCCCCAAUUACAACCCCUAUAAUCCCACUACAGCGCUUAUUCCCCCAUUAGAGCCCUUGUCGCCCAUUAGAGCCCUUAUCUGUAACACAAAGAUGAACAUGUGUGCUGUGCGUGUAUGUGGGUGUGAUGUAUAUUUGUGUAGUUUGCUAGUUGGUUUGUACAAGGGGGGCCCAUGAUCUUUUAUUGCCCAGGGGCCCCAUGAGUUGUCAGUCCGUCCCUGACUGACAGCUACACACUCACUCACUGAAACACACAGAUACACACAUUUUCUCAUACACUUACCAAUUAUAAUUUUUUUAUUUUUUUUUCAAAUAUAAAUCCACCCAGCCUCCCUACCUUUGGGGGAACUGGAGUGGAUACUGUCCCUGAUUGCUGUUUGGCUGGCUGUGUGGGCUCCUUGCUGGGGCUGCUUGCUCCUGCUGGCCAGGCAGGUUCCUUGCUUGAUCUGCUGGGACUUCUGACUUUUGCUGGUUUGGCUGGCUGGGCAGACGCUCAAUGGAAGCAGCGAGGGAACUUUAACAAGAAAUAUUUAAACCCAUAACUUCUUUGCUGGUUUUGAAUCUCUCUCAUCGUUAUCUUGUUGAAAUGUAUUUAGGAUUAGAAAUGUGUACUGUUGAAAAAUAGGUUUUGUUUCAUUCCAAUUUAUUAUUUUUCGAAUUUUGGUUUAUCUGAAAUUUGGGAAGUAUCGAUUUGUAGCAAAAUGAAAUUUUGGAGAAAUAAAUAUUCCUCCCCCCCGAACUUUUGAUGUAAUUAUUACAAAGUAUACCAAAUAAGGGUGAUGUUUAACAGUGUUUUCAUUACAGCCUAGUGACACCACCACUGACCACUCCUCGGAUGGCUACUCGAGGUGCUUCCUGGGGCAGUGCUGCACAUUCAGUGUCACCACCCUCUGAAUGACACGGAACUGAUUGAUUCAAUGCAUCUCUAUGAGCAGAUGUUAAUUGGCCAGGACUUGUGCUCGCUCUGCCCCUGAUCUGCCUCCUUGACAAGUUUAGCCAAUCCUAUGGAAAAGCAUUGUGUUUGGCUUUGAUCAACACUUCUGAUGUUAUCAACCAAGCAGGCAGAUCAAUGGCAGAGCCAGCAGCUGCAGACUAAAAUAGAGGUAUAAUUUUUUAUAUAUUUAGAGUUGCAAGGAGGGCCAGGGGCGGCUAGAUGGUGGUUUUAACACUAUAUGGUCAGGAAUAUAUGUUUUUGUUCCUGACCCUAUAGUGUUCCUUUAAAUUUGCUCACUGCUCUCUAAUUUGGUACCCUUAAUUAUGGAAACCCACAUAAGGAAUUCAAAUUAGGGAGCUGUCUAUGGAGCUCCUUUACACUGACCGAGUACCUCCAUCCAGUUCUCUUCCUAGUCAAUUGCUGUAACCCUGGAGAACCUCAACCCCAGUCCUCGAGGCUUGACUGUCGUCUAUCUGGAGCUUUCCAACUGACCAGGCUGCAGCUCUCCUUCCAGGCAGAUAUCGUACCCUUUGCCUAUUACUCUGCAACUUUUCUUCCAUUCAUAUAUCAUCCCCUCUGCAGUCCUUCUUCCAGGCAGGUAUGCACCUCUGCCUGCAAUGUAAUAGCUCUUGUCUUUAUAAAGAUACUUGCUUCUCUCAGGCCUAGCUCUCUUGAUUUGCCCCAGGGCUUAGAGAGAUUGUGCAGCCAGCAAAUAGGUACGACAACUCUGCUAUCGGGAUCCCUAAAAAUCCACACAGGAAACACAGUUCCAAAAGUAACUAAUAUACUGCUUUAUUUUUACUCUAAACUGUAGUGCAUUGAAAACUAAAUUGCAAAAUAUAAACAAAUAGUGCUGAUUAAGAAAAUUUAGCAACUGUAACAGCUUGCAUAACAACUUAAAUUUUGCAGUUUUUCUACCUUACGGGCCUCCCCAUGAUAAGGUUUGACAGUUUAUCUGGUGUCCAUUGGGCAUUGUGUGCCUCCUUCACUUAGAGCUAAAAGCCCCAUAUGUGGAGCUUCCAUUAGCUCUCUUGAGCUUAGCACUACUGUGUACAUCCAGCUCAUUGGUUAAGAGUGUCCGCUGAUUGCUCUCAGCCAAUGAGCCAAGUCUUGCACCUCUCAGCUAGCCCAAAGCAGAGAGCUCUUGAUUCUCAAUGGAGGAGGUGACUGGCACCUGGGAGACUACAAGUUACUUUUCAAACCAUUGGAUUUGGAGGAUACCAUGGCACCCCUGGCACCAUAACCACAAUAAUGAGUUGUAGCGGUUAUGGUGCUUGGAUUGUUUCUUAAACAGAGUACAAAUAUGACAUUUGAGAAUUUAUUUUCAUUAAUAAUACAUUCAUAAUAAUUUGAAUAACCAUAUUACAUAUGGACAUCACCUAUUAAUCAUACAGAAAACAAUGCUUAGGUCAAAUAAAACCAUUUAAUUAAUUUUAAGAAGGGGGGGGGGACGACUGUGUAUGAUCUUGUGCUUAGGGCCAGGGUUACUAUUCCAUUAUAAUUUUUCAUCUUUCAAUAGGGGAAUUGAACAGUUGUGAUGGUCUCUCUAUAUGUUCGUUGACAUGUAUCCAAAGUAUCAGUUCAACCCCUUAAGGAUGGAUGCAAUUGUACAAGUUUUGAACCAAAACAAACCUAGAAUUUGAGCGAUAUGUCUGUUCAACCAUAAUUGACCUAUUUCAUAUUGAGUGCACCAACACUUAUAUAUAAUUUUGGGCGGGGGGGUAUCGGCACACAUUCUUGCAGAUUUUAUCACUUUGAAUAACAUCUAGCUCUUAGUAUGAAUUGCUGAAUAAAGAGUACCUUUGAGAUAAUUGUUCUCUCUCUGUCCCUGCUAAUAAUGCAUGACUAACUGGCAAUUAACUGCAAUUAUAUAAAUGAUUAUAAUAAUAAAUCACAGAAAAAUAAUACAAAUAAUUGUGUGUUUUGCUUAGUUUAUUGGCUUAUUAAUACAAAUGAGUUGAUUGUAAAUUUUUAAAUUGGCCCAAUAUAAGUCUUGUGUCAAUAUUUGUGGAUAAACUUUUGAAAUAAGUUAAACAUUUCAGAUAAACUUGUAAAAUCUUUUUUUUCAAAAUACUCAAUAUCAAAUAAUAUAUAAUAUAUAACAAAACAUCAUUGGUAUAUCAAAUGCAAAUAGCAAAAUAUUAAAUAAUUUUAAAAGUAAAAAAAAAAAUUAAUCACAUGAAAUGUUUACACAAACAUAUUAAAUUAAGGCCAUAAUUAGGAAAUAGAACCAUUUUAUCAUAUUAUCUGGUCUCACUCUUAAAAAUAUUCUGUUCUUUUAACACUUUUUUUCAAGUGAUAUUUUCAAUAUACAUUUUUUUCAUUGUGUAUCAUGGUAACACAAUCACAAUAGAACCUAGACAAGUUUUAUCAGUCUGUGUUAAAUGUUCUGAAAAGUAAAGAUUACAGAUAAAGUCAAUCUUGCUAGUGGCUUCUAAUCUGUCCUUGUACAUAGUCUAGAAUUGUCAAACACCCACAGAGAGUCAAAACACCCUCUAUCUAUUCAAAUGCCUUAACUUCACAUCAUCUAGGGAAUGUCUAUAUGUGUGUGGGCUGAGAUCAAUUCCUUGUACUAAUUACUGAGAUUUAUCAACUUUAAUUGAAUCAACAUAUGCUUAUUUUCUCUGGAUACAAGAAUUUAAAUAGAAAUGCUUUGUAAAAUAUGUUGAUUUAGCAGUACACUGUUAUGCCAUCCAAAAUCUUAAAUACAUCUUUAUUAGAAAGGACAGAAAAGUUAUAUGAAGUAAAAAUAAACAUAAGUAAAGUAGAUCUACAACACAAUGUAACUCCAAGUCAAUCACACUUCUGUGAAAUCAAACUGUCAACUUAGGAAGCAACACUGAGUGACACUCAAUUUCACAUGCUGUCGUGCAAAUGGUAUAGACAACAGGUGGAAAUGAUAUGCAAUUAGCAAGACACCCCCAAUAAAGGAGUCGUUCUACAGGUGGUGACCACAGACCACUUCUCAGUUCCUAUGCUUCCUGGCUGAUGUUUUGGUCACUUUUGAAUACUGGCGGUGCUUUCACUCUAGUGGUAGCAUGAGACGGAGUCUACAACCCAUACAAGUGGCUCAGGUAGUACAGCUCAUCCAGGAUGGCACAUCAAUGCGAGCUGUGGCAAGAAGGUUUGCUGUGUCUGUCAGCGUAGUGUCCAGAGCAUGGAGGCGCUACCAGGAGACAGGCCAGUACAUCAGGAGACGUGGAGGAGGCCAUAGGAGGGCAACAACCCAUCAGCAAGACUGCUACCUCCGCCUCUGUGCAAGGAGGAGCAGGAGGAGCACUGCCAGAGCACUGCAAAAUGACCUCCAGUAGGCCACAAAUGUGCAUGUGUCUGCUCAAAUGGUCAGAAACAGACUCCACGAGGGUGGUAUGAGGGCCCGACGUCCACAGGUGGGGGUUGUGCUUACAGCCCAACACCAUGCAGGACAUUUGGCAUUUGCCAGAGAACACCAAGGUUGGCAAAUUCGCCACUGGCGCCCUGUGCUCUUCACAGAUGAAAGCAGGUUCACACUGAGCACAUGUGACAGACGUGACAGAGUCUGGAGACGCCGUGGAGAACGUUCUGCUGCCUGCAACAUCUUCCAGCAUGACCAGUUUGGCAGUGGGUCAGUAAUGGUGUGGGGUGGCAUUUUAAAAGCCCAAAUUGCAACAUCCAAAUUAUAUUUUGCCGGUACUAUAAACUUAAUUGGAAUAGACCCAUUACAUCCUGCAUUGGCAAUAUAAAAUAAAAUAACAGACAAUUUAAAAAUAUUGCAUUAUUCACAUAAAACAUAAUACUUACAAAUUAAGGGGCAUAUAAAUUAAGAAAUUAGGAUAGAGAAUUGGAACAAGAACAAUAAACUAAAAUUAUAUUAAAACACUUAUUUCAAAAUCAAUAUAAAGUAUUUUGGGGGAUAAUGUGUCUAAAUCAAAUAUCCACUUCAUUUAAUUUUUGCUUAAAAUAGAUGUUAAAUUACCCCCUCACCAAUGGUUUUGGUUAACCUGUGUCCCAUAAAAUUAUAACUGGAAUUCUAUAAAAAAAAAAAAAAUUGGGAUACACUAUGAUUUUUAUACUGAACCACUAUGAUCUAUAUUUGUUAGGGCAAAACAUAAUAAUGCAGAUCUUGAGAAGAAGAACAUUUCAUUUAUAAUAUUAUAAUACAUCAUUAAAGGGAUGAUCUUAGCACCAGAACCACUAAAGCUUAAUGUAGUGGUUCUGGGGCAAAGAGACUGUCCCUGCAGUUUUAGCAGUCUAAAAACUGCCUUUCCUGAGAAAUAAAGUGCUUACAUUAGCUCCUAUGACCAUUUCUAGUGGCUGUCACUCUGGCAGUCACUAGAGGCGGUUCCUAGUUAUGGUUCUACAAAGAUUCCCGGACCGGUGUUUGGCAUGUCCACGCUCUACAUGGAGACAGCAAAAUUCCCCCCCCCCUCCCAAAGAUUAAUUGAGUCAAUGCAGGAGGUGCUGACUGGCUCACUGUGGAAAAUUGUGCUCAUGUGUACUAGCCCCCCAAAUGCUUCUCUGUGGGAAAAUAUCAGCCUGGCUGAUAACAUCAGUGCUGGUUAGCUCAGCCAAAGGAGGACCACAGCCACGCUGAGAACAGCAUGUAGAUGGAUCAAAGGCAUGUAGAUGGAUAAAAUCUAUAUUCUCUGACUUCUUAGGAAGAACAAUAGUGAAACUGCGCACAACACUCUAAUAUUAGGAAUACAUUUUGUACAAAUAUAUUUAAUGCACUACCUAGAGAAGGGGUAAAUAAAAUUAUUUUUAGCAUGCAAUUGAGUAUUGUAUGAUUGCUGUUCUUUAUAAUCAUAAGAUUGGGUAGAGGCCUGUCUUAAAUUUCUCUCAGAAAUUUACAAGGAGUGCCAAAAAAAUGAGCUCAUUAGAGAAUAGAGCAUGUCGACAGUAUUCUAAUGGUUUUAAAUUAUUUAACAGACUUGUACACAACUGAAAAAUUUGGCUUAGCCGUAUCACUUUAUCCAGAAAAAAAAGUAGUUCAGAUAGUCCAAUAUACGUCCAUUUUGAUGGUCUGCUCAGAUUUAUAACAUCUGUGCUAAAUAUUCGGGAAAACAAUUAGGACAAAUCAAUAAGGCAGGAAAUAGGAAAGUCAGUGUACUGCAAAAUAUAAAUAGUUGAUAAAUAUAUUUAACAAACAACACUUUUAUUUGUAAAAUAUGAUAAAGCCAUUUAACAGGCAAUAAACAUAUUUAUAUUCAUAGUCUACUGUUUGAAAAGUUAGUUCGUAUACUUUGUUGUCUUUUUGCUUGUUAAUGAUGUGCUAAUACACCAUUAAAGGGACACUAUAGUUCCCAGAACAACUACAGCUUAAUGUAGUUGUUCUUGUGAGUAUAGUAUGUUCCUGCAGGCAUUUUACAGUAAACACUCCCUUUUCAGAGAAAAGGCAGUGUUUCUAUUAGUGACUAGGGACACCUCUAGUGGCUGUCACUCAGACGGUUACUAGAGAUGCUUCCUGGGUCAGUGCUGCACAAUGUGUCUCCACACCCUGCAUUUAUUCAAUGUAUCUCUGAGGAGAUGCUGAUUGGCCAGCGCAGCAUUUUGUCACACGUGUACAUUAGACUCCCAAUGCUUUCCAAAUGGAAAGCGUUGGAUUGACUGAGAUCAUCAGAUCAUCAGAGGCAGAUAGGAGGCAGAGCAGCACUGGAAUAAAGGUAAAAUGUAACCCUAUUUAAGGGGAGCAAGGGGGCUAGCCACCCAAAUAGUGUUUUUAAACCUUUAGAGUCAGGAAUACAUGUUGGUAUUGCUAACCCAAUAGUGUUUCUUUAAGAGAAAAAUUAAUUAGUAUGUUUUGCUUUACUUUAAAUAACAUAUAUAAUUAUUGUUGUUGCAUUUUAGCAUGGCAAGCAAUGCCAAUGAAAACACAAGUGAUGGAGACGAUGGAAAUUUCAAUUUCAGCUUUAAAAUGUUUACUAGCUGGGAUUAUCUGAUUGGAAACCCAGAGACUGCUGACAACAAGUUUGCAUCAAUAACCACUAGCUUUAAGGUAACAAAAAUAAGAUCAACAAAUCAUUAUGUCUCAUUCUGGUUUUCAGUGCUGCAUUUUCUUCUUACAAAAAGUAUCUCCAAUGCUAUGGAUUAAUAUUAAUGGUGCUUCUUGUUGUAUCACAAAAAAUAUUUUAUAAUUAUAUAGUUUAUUCUCUCCAACUGUAAGGCAAACAUGUGAACAGCAAAUUAUAUAUAAAGAAACACAAUUCCCUUUUGUUAAAAUAUGCAUAAUAAUCAUUAUAUAUGCUAAUUAAGGCUAUACUUACCUUCGUUAAAUAUGCUAUUUGUUUCUCUUAUAGUUAAUAAGGUGAUGGGAAAUUUCGAUUCAAAAUGCCUAUUGCAUCAUCAGGAUGAUUAGCAUCAGUUCAGUUAAACGAAAAACAUUAAAUCACAAAAAAGAAAUAGGAGUUACAAAUUUUACUACCCAGAGGGCAUAUGUCCUGAUAAAUUCACGGGCCUCUUAAAGGCCCCUUUGGGAACUUAUGCAAGAUAUACAUAAGCAAGACUGGUCAAAAGGUAAAUCCCCGCAUGUCAUAAAACUGCAAUUGCCAUGAUACUUUGCCAGCCUUUACAAUAGCAUAGCAUCAUACAAUUUGCCACCAUCUGGGGAUCUACCUUUUUAUCAAAAUAAUGUGAUAGCCAAUGUGAGUAGGAGGGUUAUGUGGAAACGCAAUCAGUCCUUGAGCUAAUAAAGAAUAGGCUUGCCUCAGACUUUCUAAACCUCCUUAAAAAAACAUCUUUUCAGGGUACCAUCAAACUCUUUUUUUUAUUAAAUGCAUUUCAAUUACUUCUAUUUAUGAUUCUUUCUCUCCUGCAGGAAUCUAUUGUAGAUGAAGAAGAAAGCCAUAAAGAUGAAAACAUCCAUCUUACUAGAUUUCUGCGAGUCUUGGCCAAUGUUAUGAUAAUAUGUUGCUUGUGUGGGAGUGGAUAUCUCAUUUAUUUUGUCGUGAAACGCUCACAGACAUUCUCUAAGAUGCAGAAUGUUGGGUGGUAUGAAAGAAAUGAGGUAUUAUAUUUUUCAAUGCUGCUAAAUGUCACUUACAAAGCACUUCUUUUUUAAAAGGGUUUUAUCUUAGUCUACAAUAUGCACUUCCAACCUUAGGCUUCAAUCACUAAAAGCGAUUUGUAGUGAAAUAACCAAAUAUCUACACUUAUCUUUGCAAUUUAUUAAUUUCACUCUAUUUUUUUUCUGUAAAUUGAGGGUAUGUCUAUUCACAGAAGAUAUUUAAAUAAUAUUUGUUUUACUUACUUUCCAAUCUUCAUCUCAAAAUGAAUUUAUUUUCUUUGAUCAUUUGGCAGGUAGAGAUUGUCAUGUCUUUACUGGGGAUGUUUUGUCCACCAUUAUUUGAAACUAUUGCAAAUCUGGAAGAAUACCAUCCCCGUGUGGCACUGAAGUGGCAGCUGGGAAGGAUCUUUGCACUAUUCCUUGGAAAUCUUUACACGUUCUUACUUGCUUUGAUGGAUGAUGUUAAUGAAAAAGUGAGACACAAAAGCACGUUUCUGUAAUGUAUAUUAUACAUCUAUCUCUGAAUGGAAGCAUAGAGAUAUGCUACACUGGAUAUACAUUUGCCAGAUUAAUUUAAAGCAAAACAACAUCCAUGAAAUAUUCAAUCAGUAUCUUGAGCGCCAUUUUCUCUGGAUUGAUGGGUGGAUGAGUAUGUUAAUGGGUAGGUGGGGGUAGAUGGACAGACAAUAAAUACAUAAAUAGGUCAAUUAAAUCCUGAAGAACUAAGGCAAUUGUCCCAAGUUCUGAACCAAAUCAAAACCUAGAAUUUGCACCAGAAUGUGUUUGUUCCACCAUAAAUUAAGUGUGUCUCUUUCAGUGUCACUACACAUAUUAUAUAUUGUUUAUUAAAGGAAAGAAAUGACUUUCGUUUCAUAUCUUAUAUGUAUACCUAACACAUUAGGUGUGAAUAAAAUGUUAAAAAUGGGGGGGGGGGGGAACUAAUAUUUUUUAGAAAUCUAAUGCAACUAAAUAAAAAUAACUCAAUAUACUCACAUAUCAGUCCUGAUAGCAAAAUGUCUAGUAUAUGUUGGAUAUGAAUGAAUUUUUAGUAGUUAACCCACCCCUAUACAACCCUAUACAACCUCCCCUCCCACACACACACAAUGCUUACACUAACACUAGCCAUGUACCUACCCUAACCUUCCCUAACCUCAACCCUACACAAUCCCUACCCCUAAAACACCAUUAAUCUAAAUCCAGCAUUAACUCUGACCUUACCCUAACACUAAGCCUACACUAACUCUAACCAUACACCUAACACUAACCCUACCCUACCUCCAUAUGUAACCCUACCCCUACGCAUGCUUCUAAACCUAAGGAAACCCUCUGCUAAUAUGAUUACUAACAUCAGCAUAUAGGUUUCCUAUUUAAAACAGUAGAGAUGCUGGCUUUUCUCAGUAUUAUAGGAACAUAUUCCUGUAAUAGUAAGUGAUGCAUGCUUUCACAUUUUAUUACACUGUGAUCAGUGCUGGGUAGCUGGCAAAGCCCCACACUGACAAAUAAGCUUGGAGAUAUGCAGAGAGACCCAGUCAGGGUCUGGUCAGAGGCUGGGGGUCUCCCUGCAGCCCUCGCAUCACAGCAGGGUUCUGAAUGGAUUUUAAGGGCUGCAUAGACAGCUGUAUACUCAAAUGGCCCUAACUGACUAGUAAACCCAGGUAUCUGUUGAUACUUGGAUUUACCGGUGUGAGCAGGGCUUUAGCUCACACUGCAUUGACAUUUAUAGCGAUUUAAAUCCCCAUUUAAAGAGCUGCAUAUAGUGCUCACUUUGAGUGCAGCAUAUAGUUCAUCUGUCAGUUUAGGGCCAUUAAAAAUGGGCCCAUCUGACAGAGGGGAGCCACAAGUAUCGGCUGAAACUGCAUGACAUUCCAUGCCAUCCUAACAGCAUUAAAGCCCAUUAUGUAGAGGAUGGUGUAAAAUGUUCUAAUGUUGAGAAGUGGUUAAGAUACCACUGUCUGGAGAAUCUGAUAUUGUUCCAAAAAAAUACAGAGUUUAAAAAAAUAGUAGGCUAUAACAAUUGAUUUUGUAAUUUGUAUCCAUCAACACAAUUUACAAGUUUAUUCAGUAAACCAGGAAUUGUGGAGAAUUGAAAAGGUAAUUGAAAAUCUAGACAAAAAAGUACCGCAGGAAAAAUGCUAAGCUAUUUUGACCUGAUUUUGCAAAUUUCUUGUCUUUUCUCUUGUGCAUUAUCUGUCGUUAUUCUGUAACUGCACAAUCUAUCAUAAACAUCCCACAACAACAUCAAAUAGUAAUUAUUAUUUGCAACCUUUUAGCUUUCGGAGACCCCCAGCAAAUGCAUUGCAACAAAAACAGAGAAUAUGAUAAUUCUGGGAAUUGGAAAAUGUUUAGAGAAACUCCGUAUCUUGCCAAUCAAUUAGUCCCCACUCAGGACUGAAAUAGUUUUUGCUCACUUGUGCCAUUACAGAGAGAAUCUAUACCAUUUGCAUAUCAGACUGAUUCCACCCAUAAGGGCAUAAUUUUUAAAUUCCCUGUUUGUGUUGUAAUUAUUAUUUACAUAAUAUUAUUAUAUAAUUAUAUAUUAUUAUUAUUUACCUGUUUUUACCGAUGUACCUCUGAUAAACAGUAUAUUGAAUGUGAUUCAUUCUUUACAGAUGAUUACUGCCUUUUGCUACCAAGGUAACAUCAGAAUAUUUACCUACCAGCGCUGUUCUAAAUGUGGGGUGAAUGGGGCAGCUGCCCCAGGCCCAGUUUCUCCUGGGAGGCGCAGGAGCAGCUGCCUGUGGGCCCCGCUGUCCGCAAAAAAAUUGUAUCUGCCCCAUGGGCCAGCCGGUGCUGCGGCUGCACCUGGGCCCACACACUAAGGGGGCCCAUGGAGUAGGGACAACUGGCGGCCAUUUCUCAGUAGAGGCCUUGUCUGGCGUUGUGGACCUUUAAAAGGGCCUACUUGCUUUACGGCAGCCGGCUGGGAGGAGGUGACUGCCGUGAGUCACUUCCUCACAGAGAUUGUAAAGGCGCGCGGGAGGGAGGAGGAGGCCGUCAGGUGGGCGCUGGAGUGCCAGAGCCUCUCAUUCCCAACUACCUCAGCCUGUCACUGGACCCCAGGGAAGCCAUCCUCCUGAACCCAUAAGGUAGGAAACUGGAGGGUGGCUUUAAAAAUGUGUCAGUGUGUCUGCCAGUGUGUCUGUGUGUGUGUCACUGUUUGUGUCAGUAUGUCUGUCAGUGUGUCUUAGUAUGUCUCUGUGUUUGUGUGUGUGUGUCUGUGUCAGUAUGUCUGUCUGUGUGUCUGUAUAUGUGUCAGUAUGUAUGUCAGGAUGUGUCAGUGUUUGGCAGUAUGUCUGUAUGUAUCAGUAUGUCUGUCAGGACGUUUAUGUGUGUGUCAGUAUGUCUCUGUAUGUCUGUGUGCAUGUCACUAUAUCUGUCAGUGUGUGUCUCAAUAUGUCUGUCUGUCAGUAUGUAUCUCUAUUUUGUCAGUAUGUGUAUCUGUGUGUGUCAGUGUGUAUAUCUGUGUAUUUAUAUUUAGUCAGUAUAUCUAUGUUUGUUAAUGUUUGUAUCUGUGUGUAUGUGUAUCUGCAUGCCUGUAUGUAUGUCAGCGUGUGUGUGUAUCUGUAUGUUAUCAUUGUUAUUAGUGUGUGUAUAUCUGUCUGUGUAUACACACAGUGUGUUUAUCUGUGUAUCUGCGUGUGUGUCAUGUAUGCAUCAGUGUGUCUGAGUAUCUAUAUGUGUCAGCGUUUUAUAUAUGUGUCUGCAUGUGUAUCUAUGUGUCUCUAUGUGUCAUUGUGUAUAUCUGUGUCAGUCUGUAUCUCCAUGUUUGUCAGUGUGAGUGUCAGUGUUUAUAUAUGUGUAUCUGCAUGUGUUUCAGUGUGUGUAUAUGUAUCAGUGUGUGUGUGGCAGUGUAUGUGUACAUGUGCAUACAUCUCAGCAUUCAAAACACCAACACUACACACAAGUACACCCAUGCAUUCACACUACAUACAAACACAGUCCUGCAUUGAAACGUCAACACUACAUACAAACACACCUCUGUGUUAAACCCAGAAAAUAUAUAUAAACACACCCCUGCAUUCAAAAACAAACUCUACAAAUAAAUGCAUGCUUGCAUUCAAACGACAACACCACAUACAAACACACCCUUGGAUUUACACAAACAUACUCUAUACAAAAUCAUGAUUACAUUCAAACACACAAACACUGCUCAGUACUAAAUACAACCCUGCAAGUAUGGGAAAAGGGUAGAGCCCCAAUGGCAAAGCAUUGUUAGAGUUGCAUGACAGAUGGGAAUCUAUGGUUUGGCUACCCUUGCAAUUCUUGCACCAAGGCCCUCUCUACUUUAGUUCCACUAUUGCGUUGGGGAGUGGAGGACCUGAUUGCAUGUCAGGGAGUGGGGGAGGGGGUCAGGGCUCAAGGGGCCCAACCAAAUGCUUGUCCAGGGCCCAAUCAAUAUUAAAGACGGCAUGUUACCUACCCCUAGUCAAUUGCAUAAUAUUCAAACUUACUAUCCAAUUCUAAGUAUAAAAUUAAAUAUAUUUUAACUUAAAAUAUUGUGAUAUGGGUAUUGUGUUAAUUUUGAAUGAAACUUAUAAACAGUUAUUUUAUAUUUAUUUCAGCUAGCCCAAGAGGACGUUAUAAGGAAUAUCACAUACUGGACUUUGUACAACUAUUACAACUCUUCAACUUUACCAAAUGGUACUGAAACUACUCCACCUCCUCUACACCCAGCUGAUGUACCACGAGGACCAUGCUGGGAAACAAAUGUUGGAGUUGUAAGACAUAAUUAGUUAUUAUUAGUUAUCAUGUAUUUGCUUUUAAAUUUAUAGAAGAAACAUUGUUUCUAUUGUACCAACUAUUUGAAAGAAUAAGAAAAAGUGAAUGUGCCCAUAUGCCUAUCAUGUGUUCUCACUAUCUCAUGGAAGUAUUUAUUUACAGCUAUAUAUCAUAGCAUCCUUGUUUACCUUCCCAAAUGCAAAACAAAUACAAAUCACUGUUUAGUAGAUAUACCCCAGAUGAAAACAUGCAUGCAUUUAUUUAUGCAUUUUGCAUUGAUGGUAUAUCUAAAAACAACUUAAAACUGCAGAUCUCUUCUCUGAAGCUUUUGCAAGCCCUCCCCUUUUAAUCCCGCCAAGACUUUCUGUGGCUGUCCAAUCACUGACUUCCCAAUGCAGCACAGUGAAAAAUCUUUGCAAGGCAGGUGCUGUAGGCAAUUGCUUGCCUCUUGAGUUUAGUUCCACUGAGCUAAACAACCAGUAAGAAAAAACAACUUUGCUUGAAAGUCAGGGGUGUUACAACAUUUUUUUCUAAACGUGCCAAUUUCUAUUAAAAUGCACUUUUUGCGAAAUGAAAAUAAAAGGAAAGCAUUGAAUUGAUUGAGAUUGUCAAUUCUGAAGUUCUCAGUCAAGUAGGUGAGGCAGGGGUGGAGCCAAAGCCACUCUGGCCGUUCAUCAUCUCCUCAUUGAGUCAAUGCAUCUCUAUGAGGAAUGUUCAGUGCCUCCAUGCAAAAAUGGAGACGCUCAAUAUCAGUGACUGCCACUGAAGGUGUCCCUAGGGAGCAAUGUAAGCACUGCCUUUUCUCUGAAAAAGCAGUGUUUACAGCAAACAGUCUUCAGGGACUGACUAUACUCACUAAAACUACUACAUUAAGCUGUAGUUGUUGUUUCUAUAGUGUCCCUUUAAAUGUUAAAUGCUGGACAAUUCAAUAUUUAGUAAAUAGUAUCCUUCACAUUAAGGAUACUAGUGUUAGACAGUUUUAUGUUCUUUGUUUUAAGUCUAAAUUAAUUGAAUUUGAUGUAUUCUUAAUUGUCAUGAUAUUUUGUUUUUUCAGUCUUUUUUAACAACUGUAUUUAAUCCCUUUGACAGGAGUUUGUAAGGUUAACAGUGUCCGACAUCCUUGUCACAUAUGUCACUAUACUUGUUGGGGAUUUCCUCCGUGCAUGCUUUGUCCGAUUUAUGAACUAUUGCUGGUGCUGGGAUUUGGAAGCUGGAUUUGUGAGUUAUUUCAUUUUCUUCAUGAAAUUAUAGUAAACACAUCACAGAGCUUUCUCUUUAGAUAUGUGCAGGGUUAUUUACUGAAGUAUAUGUUAGCAAACAUAAACUGUGCACCGGAGUGUACGUGUGUGUGUUUGUGCAUCUAUGACUUUAGGUAUACAUCUAUGAAUGUUGUGCCUGUAUAUAUUUGACUGAAUGUGUGCCUUUGUUUGUAUGUGUGAGCGUGUGUCAUUAUGUAUGUAUUUGUGAGUGUCUGUAGAGGCACAUUUUGCAUGUGUUAAGUGGAUAGCUUUAGGGAGGAGUAACCAAGAUUUAGGCUCAAGCCCUGGGUCUAUAUUGAUUCUAGCAACGCCCCUUCAGAUAACUAUUUUUCUUAGAAAACUAUAGUUCUUGAUUUUACUAUCACCUUUACAUGAAAAAGAUAUGAUAUAGUGAUAGCAAAAAUGUGAAUAGAUUUUUGAAUCCAAAAUGGUUCUCCUGUAGAAUUAAAAUGCUGAAGAGGUCGUUUAGUUCAACAGUUAGAACUAAAUGACUAAACUGUUAGUUACCUCUGGAUUUAUUGAGUAUGUAAAAAUGUAACAUAUAAUUGGGAAAAGUGAAUGUUUUCUUUACAAGUAGCACAGGAUAAAUCAGAGAACAUAUUGAUAUAUUCCAACUUUUAAUAUGACUGCAUGGCCAUUUUAAAUAUUGUCACUUCUAAAUUGGCUUUUCGUGUCUCUAAAUUGGCCAUAAAUAGGCAACUAACAUGUUGUCCUUCUAAUGACUUUGUAAUACUCCUAUACAUUUUGUGGUCUGUAUCUAAUGUUUUACUCUCUUUUAAUGAAUACAUCAUAUACAUGGUUAGUUAAACUAGAAUAUUUUCAUGGUGAGUGUGACGGAACGCUGGCACUCCGACUGAGUACCUCCGCCAAUCGAUGCUCCUAGUGCUCGCUGAGGACUCCAAGCACUCCAACCGACACCAUCAGCACUGCAGACCCCACUUCCAGCGAUGCAACUGUGCCGGGGUCUCUGCUGUUUCCACCCACCCUGGACCCAAGGCCAGGAUCCAGCUUCCAGUGGGUGAACCUCUCUUUCGCCAGAGAGCAGGAACAGGAACAAAUCAAGCUAUUGCAAGAGCUUCCUCUGGGGAGUAAGUGAUUAUAGCAAUCCCCAGAGUGUAGGUAUCCCUUCCCCCAAACAUGAGCCAAGGCUUAAUGCUGGAACAAGACUGAUUUACUGGCACACAGAACUCACAAUUUAUGCAACACAAAACUCCUCCUCUGGGCCAGGCUAGAUAAUUGAGUUUCUACAAUACACAAAGUUCAAUUAUCUGCUUGCCAGAAAUAAUACAGUUUCAUAAAACACACAGGGACCCCAAAACAUGCAAUAACCCCAUAAAAGGUAUAUCCUUGGAACCGGGGGAUCUGGGUGAACCACAUAUCCAAAAUUCACCCAGAUCCGUUCAGUACUUUGGAAAAUACAGUUUAAUGCAGAUUCUGCAGAACAUAUACAGGCUAAAUGAAAAACAAUCACUGUAUAAUGUGUCCCCUGCUGUAUAGUCCAAAACCACUGCACAUGUCUCUGUGCACCAAAUACUGGCGAGAUGGCACCGUGUUGAAAAGUCCAAACAGUGUCUGUGAGUUAAAAUGGCCACCAUCCAUUGUUCUCACCAUGUGCUUCUGAUACAGGAAAUGGUGGCCACCCAGUAACUCCACAGUAUGUCCCCAGAUGGUUCUUAAAGGGCCAGCAGCAGCACAACACAAAUCCAUUAUGCCCAAAUCAUGUCUAUAAAGGGCAAUACAAACCAGGGGCCAUAGUCACAGGGCAAGAGGCGGGCAAGCAGUCCUCUCCAGGCACUAGUGGCGAAGGGCACUUCGUCACAGUGAGCAUUUUUACACGUAGCAAAUGUAUAGAGUUUGGGACAAAUGUCUGAUUAAAUGAAAUGGGAAUGCAAAUACUAAGCAAAGAAUAUUCCAAUGGUGCCUCACACACUUGGGAGGCUGCAUACUCCAAGUGACUUGAGAAAGGCUCUGACUGGGAGCAGAAAUGUGGCCUCUGUUCCUAAUAAAAAUCUGCCUUUGCUUGGAUGUGAUCCUUUAGUGCUUUCAAUUUAAUACAUAGCAAGAGACUAGCAGGGCAGGUUGCAAAAAAUGUGUCCUGCUUAGGCCUAAACAUAACAGUGGCUGAACAAAUCACAAGGCACAGUAUGUAUCUGUAUGGAGCAGACUGAAAUGGGCCACCAAAUCCAGGUUGUACUUAGAGUAAUCCAUCAGCCUUUCGUGCCUUUGAUGAGGAAACAGAAGACACUAAUACCUUAUUUCAGGACUUUGAGAAAUUGUGCGGAGUUUAUUGGAUAGAGGAAGUUCACAGUGUUUAUUGUAGCAGCUCUCCCGGGGCUAGACACAGUGGAUGCACCUGACUACACUGCAGUAAAGAGUAUAUAUAACUGGAUAGGUAUGCUCUGAGUUAAAAAUUUACAAGACAAAUUUCAGAAGGGAGCAACUGAAGACAACUGACAUGAACAUAGCAAUGAAUGGGUCAUCCUGUGAACAGUGGCUGCUUAUAAAAUGAAUCAACACAUUUCAGGAACUUCAGCAACUACACCUGCUAAAACACCAACACAGCAAGGAAGAGUGCACCAUUGGGUAAAGAAAUAGAAAGCCUGUCAAUUUGACAGAGGCUGCAAGGCUGGUGGAUUAGUGCAUAGCUACCUGGAACCUUAAUCCUGAGGCAACAAGCUAGUAAGCCUUGGGUAACCAGCUGCUACAACAAAGAUGCUCCAAGAGGUUAUUCCCAUGUAUUCAGUCAUUGCCUCAGAUGUAAAGGUUUUGGGCACAUGCCACCCCAGUGCAGCAGGCCAGAUGUAGUGGGAUUUUUAAAAAAGAAUGCCUGCAAAUACCACUCAGGAAAUGAACCAACCAAAAAAAUACACUGCACGCUUACUUUCCAAAAUAGUCGGUCACCAUUUACAGGACUUUGACUCUCACAGGCUACCAUCACUUCAAGUCAAAGUGUGCCCUCCAAUGCCAGGUGUUACCUAUCAGGUUAGAUAUCAAAACAGCAAAAGGAGCCUACCAUGCCAUUUCAUCAACCUUUGUCUGCAUGGAUUAGGGAGCAGGCAAAGGAGAUGUCACAGUAGGCAUUAUGGUCAGCCUACCAGGUGAUGUUUUGUUGGGGAAUAACCUUGGAGUGAUGGUAAGUCGGUAUGUUCUCUGUAAUGAGGUUGCUGUAAUUACCAGCAGCCAGGUCAAUAGAGCUGGUGUAGUUGGAAAUUUUCUCCAGGCCCAUGAGAGUCAUUGCAGUUAGCCCCACUCCCCUUCAGCAGAAUGGUUUUUUUUGGAGACUCUGCAGUAAAACACACUUCUCAGUGACAGGGUAUUUCUUUGGGAGCUGGUGAGGGUGUUAUCACCUUCCAUAGCAUGGUUUCCUGGAGGAAGGAGAUGGAGCUCAAAAAGAUAUGGUGUCUUAUUAUGAUCACCCCAGUCUGACCUCCUCUUUUAUAGGAGUUAGUCAGCACCCUCUGCACUUGUCUUACAUAAUCUUGGUGUGCAAAUUAGUGCAACCAAAUAAGCAGUUACAUGUAUUAAUGGUUUAUUAUGUUUAUAAUUCUUAUGUUAGAAAGUGGUUCUAGUAUAAUAUAUUUGAUGUAUUAAUUAAGAUUGUUUAUAGAUGUUUGUAUACAAAUGCAUUAUACCACAGGUUUAAGGGCAAAUUGAUAAAGGUUGGGGGAAUUAGCUGGGGGAAUUUUCAUUUUACUGAGUCUCUGGUCUUAGUUAUUGAGCAUAAUCCCUCUUAUAGUGUCUUAGGACCUGUUCAAAAAAGACACAUCACAUGACUAGAAGAACUGGAAGCGUUUUGUGUCUCCUAUAGAGGAUCUUUCAACAGCUAUAUAUAUAGCUGUUGAAAAAGCAUGUAUAGGAGGUAUGAAAUGUGUGCAGCUCUCCUGUACAUGUGGUAUGUCUUUUUCCUUUUCCCUAUGUUCAGUAAGUAUUAUUUUAAUUUGGUACUGCUGUGCUGCCCAAAAAAAGAUGAUUUGGAUAUAAUUCCACAUACUGUCCCCUCUUGUGGCCUUUAAGAACUUUGACUUUGCUUUGCAAUUUGCCUUCAGGUUUAAGAUACUGUGACAUUUUAGAACCUUUGUAUAUUUUAUUUAAGGUUGCCAGAAAAGUCUUAACAUUAAUGCACUUUGAAAUAAAGGAACAGGGACAGGAAAGCUGCAGAGUAUAUUUACUUGAUUGUAGUAUGCUGUUUAUGGACAUCAUAAAUCAAUGAUGAUGUCCACAUGUGGAAAUUCUACAAUUGUAAAAGUGUUUAUACCUGCUUCUGCUAUACUUCUCACUCCAUUAAAUAUUUUUCAGGAGAAGAAUCUAGUGACCAACAUGACUAGGGGAAAUAAAUAUAUAUGAAGAUAUAAGAUAAGGGAUAGAAAGAAGACGAGGCUAGAAGAGACCACACAUGUUAAUUUAGGAGGUACCUGAACUCAAAUUUCUAUGAACUGUAAUUCUUGUCAUUAGUCAGGUGAUCUCUAUCCCUAAAGCUACUUUGAUAUGUACCAAUGUACAAGGUACUGACCUCUUGCGGGGUGCAGUGCAAUUUGAAGUUAUGAUUCUUUGCCUUAAACUAACUGUUUUAAUUGUGACAUUAUGAAGUGAAUCAUUAAAAAGAGGUAGACACUAAACCCUUGUUUUUUUUUUAAAAAAAAAGCAAAAAAUAAACAACAUUAGACAACAAGCAGACUCCACUCACAUUGGCGCUGCCUGUAUGUGACUCUGGAGUCCAGCCUCUGGUAUACCCCCAAUGGCGCAGUCCGCACCCUGUGCCAAAGUGGAUCCUCCCGCUACUCCUUGAAAACCUGUGAAGGUGGAGAACGUUGAUGUCACAUAGGAAUGUGAUAUGGCAUUGCAUGCCUCCGUGCACCUACAAGUCCUCUACUGUCCAGCCAUGGCCAUCGCAACACUGACCAGCACACACAGACACACUGACAGACAUACACACACUCACACUCUCUGACAGACUCAAACACAGACACACACACUCUCUGAUGCACCCAGUAUCACUACAGAGGGAGGGGCGGGCGCGCGCGCGCGCGGGAGAAGUGAGGAGCAGGAAGACUGAGCUCCCUUGCUGCCACCAGGGACCUCUCCUCCAGCCAGUACUGGGUAAAUUUGAGCAGUGUAGGCACCUGCAAUGUAAGGAGAGCAGGUGCCUACUCUGCAUUAGUAAUCAUGGCCGCAAAUAUAUUAAUUGUGGGUUGCAUGAAGCCAAUGGGCCACGAGUUUGACAUGCUUGCUGUACAGAAAAUGUCUGUUUAGAUUAAGUGUAGUAUUCUGUUUGUAAAUAAUAUAUAUUUAGAGUAAAUACACAGGUGAUAUUAGAAAAGAACUAAAAGCAUAAAAUGAAUAACUCAAAAAUAUGUAUGAAGCAAUAAAGAAGACAGUGACUAUAAUAAAUGUAGAUGCUAAAGGAAUGUGAAAUAAACAGCACAGCAUUUUGUCUCCACCUAGUGUUCAGAGAGAGGUAUUGGUGAGUAGACUGAUGCAGUGUUGGAAGCAAAUUAUCCAAUUUACUGGUACUGCCUGCAUUGUAGUAGACCAUUAAAAGAUUUAUGAAAUACGCAUUAACAAAGUAUAUUAGUGUCAAAAAGAAUAAAAGAGAAAAAAGUAUCAACCAAAAUAACCAUGUAAGUGUUCUUUAGGCAAAUCUUCUGAAUAUGAAGAAUUUUUUUGCUAGUCCAAACAUAUGGUAAUAUCCUGAAGUGUUACUUGUUAUUUUUGUGCAAGAUAUUUAUUUUUGGUGUGAUUUAUUCUUUAUGUAUCUUUGUGACAUCUGCAUCUUUGUACCUGUUAUAAUGCACCUGGGUGCAUUUCUAAAAGUGUUGGAAAAGACAAAUGUGGGGCAAAGAUCUAAACCAUGGGUGUCCAACCUUUUGGUUUCCCCGAGCCACAUUCAGGAAAGAGAAAGUUGCCAGGGGCUGCACAUAAAAUAUUUAAACUUUAAACUAAUAUAAUUAAACUUUAAAAGCAAUUUUCUCAAUUUUUAUAUUUCAUUUGUUUAGUAGAUGACUCCUUUAUUUGUUACACUUUUGUGUGAUUGCCAUAGUUAAGGAUACCAUACUAGGGAGCUAUCUACUAAACACAUAUACAUGUAUAUACAUAUACACAUAACUAUGGUUAUACACAUAUACACACACACACAUAAUCACAUAUCUAUACACACUUACAAGCACAGACAUAUACACACAUGCAUUCACAGACAUAUACACACACUCACAGACAUACACAUAAUCACAUUCAUAUACAUAAUCACAGAUAUACACACAGACACACACACAAUUACAGAGCCACACACACAUACAAUCACAGACCUAUACACACAAUCAGCUAUAUACACACAGACAUACACACAAUCACAGACCCACACACUUACACAUACAUUCACAUACACACACAUACAAUUAAAGAUCUAUACACACAUUCACAGACAUACACACACACACACGCACAAUCACAGACAUACAUAAACAUAAUCAGACCCACACAUAUACAACCACUGGCACACAAUCACAUACACACAUAAUUACUGGCAUACACACACAAAAAUCACAUUCAUACACACAAAUUUAGUAAUUAAGAAGUCCACUCAGCCUCCCUAUCUUGCUUUGGGGGGACUGGAAUGGAUCCUCUCCCUGGUGGCCAGUGGCUGCUGCUGUGAUUUCAUGACAAUUCUCUCUGUACAUUUUGUAGAUAAUUGGUCCACUCUUACAAACAAUAGUGCCAAAGGACCUGAUUUACAAUAAAUAUAUAAUUUCAUGCCAUUUCAUGCCCAGACAUGUUACAAUUGCAAUUUAUUUAUUUAACGCCAACAAAAUCCGCAGCACUUGCAAAAACAAGGCAAACAAUUAAAAGGAUACUCUAAACACAAAGCAUUUUUAGCUUAAUGACGCAGCUUUAGUUCAUAGUUCAUGUCCCUUCAUUCUCACUGCUCAAUUCUCUGGCAUUUUGGACUUAAAUCCCUUUUUUUCCGGGAGCGGAGCCUGACCUUCAUGUGGAGCAGACAUGGUGUGCUUGAGUUCCUGCAAGUUGUGCAGAUUUGAGGGUUUUAACCCUGGCUAUGAAAAGACUGAAAAAUGCUAAAGAGCACUACUAACAAAGGGGAUUCCCUGCUGUUCACAUCGAGACCCUGGUCUAUUAUCCACCAGGGACCAAUGCAACGCUUCCGCAGCCUACUCUGGAUGGAGUUUGGAAGUCAUGGCCGAUUUUUCUCACUCCCAAACUACUCCAGCCUCCUGCAGGGCUCCUACCCUCCCCUCCCCACCUCUGGACUGGAGGGGUUAACCUGGUCUCCACUGGUCGACCACACUUACCUCUUGCUUUCAAGGAAGCACGAAAUCUGGUGGCUCAAUACCUGUGUUGAAUGCUGAAGAUGGCGGCUGCGUCAACAACAAACACACAGAGCCUGAGCUCAUCUCACUGCUGCUUUAUGGACACUAGCCUGUUUCAGCUGGAUGCGAUAUUUCAGGACUUUUGGCUGAAGUUACAACAACGCAUGCAACCUAUACAACAUAAGCGGAAGAGGGGAACAAAGUGGAGCAAGCUGAAGCUUUAGAGUGGGACCCCUCUGGGCAACCUUAACGUACAAGAGCCACGCAAAUGGAGGAUUGCCCACCAGUUACGGCGCAUACCACCUCGACCCUCCGUCUACCCUGGUAGGGGGAGAGACCUGGCGCCAGUGGGCACCCAAGUCUGUGGACUAGUGAUGCUGGCCAACACGCAGGCCCAGGACCGGGAGGAGAGCCCUGCCCUACAGAGUUUUAACGGAUACCCACAUGGACUAUACAAACGCCCUGCUUGCAUUCUCGUUUUGGCAAUCAGCUGAUCCAGAAAUCACCUGCCUGACUGGUAUAGGCUGGACUCAGGCAUCAUGCCAAUCUGUCAGACCUCUGCCAAGUUACUUAUUCUAUGAAAUUAUUUUAUGUUUAUUUUCACUUAUUUUUUCUCUUCUGAGAGCAGUUCCAAUGGUCAUAUUGACGAUCAGCUAUUCAUACUCAUAUCUUACUACCCUCAGUCACUGGCAGAGUUUUAGCUAGCAUGUGCCCAUCACCUACCUUUGAUUUCCUUUAUUUUAUUAUCUGCCAUGCUAAGACAACUUUAUUUUGUGUUAUAUUAUAAUAUUAGCAUUCUCUGUGAUUAUACAAACAUUGCUUCAUGUCUCGUUUUUAGCCUCGAUUAUGGUCAGCAUAAAGAUAUGAAUAAUUAGCAUGUUGUUUAGCAUGAUAUUACUCUCAUAAAAGUGUUGUUAUUCUGAAAGCCAUGUUCCAGUUUACUAAUGUUUUUUUUUUAUUGUUGUUGUUGGACUUGUCGUGGCUUUGCAGGCUUACUUGUAAUCAUUUGCAAUGUAGUCCUAGCCACACCUCUCCUGGCUGUGACUCACACAGCCAACUUAAAAAAAAAACAAAAAAACAUUUUUUAUUUUCAAACAGAGUGUGUUUACUUUAGAAGUUUUUUUUUUAAUCUCCUAUUCUGUUAAUCGAACUUUAAUCAUACACAAGAGGAUCAGUAGAGCAGAAAAAAAAUACUAUUCUAAAAACAUCAGACCUCUCUUUACAGGAAAUGUGUACAGAGAGUGUGCAGGUCACAUUCAGGCAGGUGUGGCUAGGGCUGCAUUAACCAAGUGAUUUCAUUCUUAUAUGGCAUAGAAUUGAGCAGUUAGACUGCAGGGGCAUGAUCUAUUACUAAGCUAAAGUUAUUUUGGUGCUUAUAGUGUCCAUUUAAUUCUUACAAAACGUGAUUGACAUCAGCCACAACAUUAAAAUCACUAACAGGUGAAGUGAAUAAUAUUGAUUAUAUCAUUAAAAUGGCACCUGUCAAGGGGUUGGAUACAUUACGCAGCAAGCAAACAGUCAGUUCUUGAAUAUCAUGUGUUGAAAGAAGGAAAAUUGACAAGCAAAAAUAUCUUGGUGAAUUAAAGGACCACUAUAGUGCCAGGAAAACAAACUCGUUUUCCUGGCACUAUAGUGCCCUGAGGGUGCCCCCACCCUCAUGGCCCCCCUCCCGCUGGGCUGAAGUUGGAGGAAGGGGGUUAAACACUUACCUUUCUCCAGCACCGGGCUCCCUCGGCGCUGGGGACUCUAUUCCUCCUUUGGACAUCAUUGGCUGAAUGCGCAUGUGCGGCAAGAGCCGCGCAUGCAUUCAGUCAGUCCAUAGGAAAGCAUUCUCAAUGCUUUCCUAUGCACACUGGCAUCUUCUCACAGUGAAAAUCACCUGAAAAUAGGAUAACCCUCAAACCCUUCAGGAGAAAGCUAAACAAACGGAACAAAGGAUACAGAUAGCACCAAAUAAAACUAAUCAGUAACUAAAAUAGCAGUAAAAGUAUAUAAAAUAUUCAUUAAAAAUACAAAGGUACCAAAUAAGUCUUUUUAGGCAUAAAAGUCUUCGAGUGUUCAAAAGGACGUCUAUGGAGGCAGAUCAGGGGCAGAGCCAGCACAAUCAGCCCUGGCCAAUCUGCAUCUCAUCAUAGAGAUGAAGUGAAUCAAUGAAUCUCUAUUAGGAAAGUUCUGUGUCUGCAUGCAGAGGAAGGAGAUACUGAUAUGUUGUGAUGCACACUAGGCAAGACUGAGAUAGGAAGCAGCUCUAGCAGCCAUCUGAGGAGUGGCCAGUGAAGUUAUCACUAGGCUAUAAUGUAAACACUGCAUUUUCUCUGAAUGGUAUGAUUCUACUCACCAGAACAAAUGCAAUAAGCUGUAGUUGUUCUGGUGACUAUAGUGUCCCAUUAACUAUAUUCGUUUUAAUUGCUUACAAAUAGCAGAUAAUAGCACUACUGACCCGAACAUGUUUACUGACCCAAAAUGCUAAAUAAAGUGCAGCCAAAAGUAAACAGUGUAAAAAAAAGUUUUAUUUUGCUAAAUAACACAAUCUGUAUCCAAUCAAAUACAAACAAAUACAUUACCACUUUACUGGUUUCAUAUUUAGCUUAUCCAAAGUGUGUUUUUAACCUUUUAGAGCAACCCUUUUUGUCUCUCUUCACAAUAUUUAAUAUAUCAUAAUUUGCAUUAUAACAUGACUGUCAUUUGCAAAUAUUUAGAAAACAGGUCUGCCAAAAAUGGGGUACAUUGACGUUGUGGCAGACUUAUGCAAUGUAUGAUCAUAUACUGUAACUAAACCCCCAUUAAUUUUGCCUAGAUUAGGUUUUUUUUAGUUUUUAGUUUUUUUAUAUAACAAAAAAGAAAAACUAAUAAAAUCUGUAAGCUUUGAAGUUGCGGUUUAGUAGAUGAGUGAGUGCGCUGGAUCUUGUGUAUUGUAUCUCAUAUAUUCAUGCAUUUUUUUGUAUACAUGCACAAUAUUUGCUAAAGGUAAACGUGUUUCAUUUGAUUUACUUUUUCAUUAUUUUGCAUGCAGCCUUCCUAUGCAGAAUUUGAUAUCAGUGGGAACGUGUUGGGAUUGGUCUUCAACCAAGGCAUGAUCUGGUAAUAUUUCUCCUGUAUUGCAAUUGGCUGGCUUCUUGUUUUUUUUACAUAAAUGUUAAUAUAAGAUUUGAAAGGGGAUAUGAUUUAGUAAUAAGAAAUUCUUAAUGAUACAAAAGUUAGGCUUUUCUUUAAACAUGUGGUGCCUUCAGCCUUUACUAAUUUUGAUUCUAGGUGUCCCUAUUUUGUGCUGAAAUCCCUCUGUCCCUCUGUAGGAGCUCAGUAUUUUUGGCAUGUCUGAAUUUAUACUAGAGUUCCAGAGCUCCACAGCAAUAAUGCAGUAGUAAUUUGUCUCUAAACUACCAUGAUUAUUAGUAAGUCACCUAAAAUUUCUCAGAACAUCCCCACCCCUGGUCACACCCCCACUCACACCCAUGGCCACAACCCCACUCACACUCCUAAAAUGAAAGUUUCUCUAUUUGUUCACUUUAAAUUUACAAAAACGUAUACAUGGUAUAUGGUUUCUUGGCCAACUCUCAGACCCAUGGCAUAGAUGUACAGGUCAAAAUGUGUAAUUUGAUCUUGGGAGUUUUAUUAUUGCAUCUUCAGAAAAUAGCAAGAAUAUUUACUAAAGUGAUAAUUCAAACUGAAUUCAACAUGAAUUACAAAGGCCUGAGUACAAAACUCAAAGCAUUGCUGACUUAGAGAAUAUUUUCAGUUCAACAAUUUUUUAUAUAUAUAUAUAUAUAUAUAUAUAUUCUCAUUCAGCAUGGUAGUGAUACAACUUGAGGAAUGCAUGACAAUAAGUGUUUUACAAGGCAUUGGGUUAUCAAGCUCAGAAAGACAUGCUGAAUUAGGUUUUUUAUGUUUUGGAGAGUACAGAAAGAAACGAUCAAAGCGAAAAAGUAGUUUAUAAAAAAUACCAAAGUUGUGACAUCUAAGUAGGGCACAGAUUGUUAACCCCUUGCGGGCUUGCAUACUGGUUUGUGUGGGGGCUCGUUGGUAUGGCAGUGCUCAUCAAGGGGCUCUGUUCCCUCCUGGCUGCCGGCCUAGUGCUCUAAAGUUUACUCAUAUGUCUCAUAUGUCGUUGUGGGAGGUGAGGGAGGGGAUAACAAAUCCUGUGGUGAGGCCUGAUAGUUAACCUUAGGCUCUAACCAAGUGUACUCAGCAGCUGCAUUAUCCCGUGUGUCACAUUGUUUUAAGUAAGAAAAAACAUAUAUAUAUAUAUAUAUAUAUAUAUAUAUAUAUAUAGCAAUUAUAUAGGAAACAAAUAAACGCAUAACGGUAACGAAAAACAUCAAAUAUAAACAUAUAGUGGUGGUGCGAACCAUGGUGUGAGCCAGUUCGUAUCGGUGGAAGGAGGGUGGUCUUCGAUUUCUGGAGUUAGUCCCCGACCAUCACUGUACUUGAAGUUGGGUCUGGCACGGAGGUAGAUCCCUGAGGUGGGCGAGGGGUGAACUGCGCUAUCUUAGCAGGGUUCAGAUGGGAAAGUCCCGUGUUUCUCUUGCCCGGGAGACCAUCAAGGCCUAGCUGUUGCAAGAGGGAUUCCAGUUAUGGAUAGCUGCAGGACCUGUAGGCAGUCCCCUGGUGUGUGAACAGGAUCACCUUUGGUGUUUCCCAAGGAAAGGUAUGUCCCUGAGGCGCAGCUGUUGUAGUAGUGGCUGCACGGUUUUCCUCCAGGUGAGGGUGCUGCAUGUGAGGCCUGGGAACAUCAAUAAUGUAGGCCCUUCAAGGGUUAAGGGGUUCUGUCCUCAGACCGCCACUUGCAGCAGGGCUUUGUCCUGGAGAGACUGGAACCUGAUGAUAAGGUGUGCUGUAGCUGCUGUGUAGUGCCAAUUUAGGCUUGGGGAGGUAAAACAUGCCAUCCAGCCUUAGCGCCUUUGCCUAUUUAGGCGGUAGGAGGCUUGCUAUGAGUUGUCUGACAUAGUGUGGCCGGUCAGUAAGGCUGAUAGACUCCGGAAUUCCACUGAUUUUUAUGUUAUGUCUUCUCCGCUGGUCUUCCAAGGUGUCCAUCCUUUCAGCAGUGGUAAGCUGUUGCUGCUGUAUUUCUUCGAUCUGCCAUUCGACCGAGGUAAGUCUAGUCUAGUUUUGUGGGUGCUUGUAGUAGCCACCAGGAGGACAACCUUGGCUGUUGCGCCUUCAAUGGCUUCCUUGAAAUAGGGCAUAUCCGUGGCGAGUACUGCAAGAGUCAAUAGCUGCUAGUAAAAAUCACCAGAUAUUAGCUUCACCUCUUGUAAGAAACUCCAUAUUUAUUUUUUAUGUUAUAAUAGUCUUUUCAUAAAGGUAGAGUAAAGAGAUAAACAGGUUGAUAUUUUUCUAACAAUAACCUGAAAUGUACACAAAUGUGUAAAUCAUGGAAACUAAAUUCAGGUAGGCAAAAGUAGAAACAAAGAAAUCAUAACAUGACCAACAGUCUUAUAGGGUUGCCACCUUGCAUAUUUCAGGCUUCCUGAUGGUGCCGGUAUUUUUUACUGAUUGAAAUUAGACGCAAUAUUGCUGCUGGCCAGUAGGUGGCAGUGUGUGGGUAGAGAGAGGCAGGGACAGGAACUUCAUCUCUCUGUCUCUCUAUACACUCUGAGCCCCCGGGGGAGCAACACAGCACAGCAGAUAGCAAGCAGGGACAGCAGGUCUCAAUCUGCAAUCAGCCUACAGAUAAGGUGAGUGGAGGGCCCUAGUAGUGACGAAUGGGGGGACACUAGUAGUGAGAGAUGGGUGGACUCUAGUAGUGAGGGAUGGGCGGACACUAGAUGGGGGGCUCUAGUAGUGAGGAAUAGGGUGGAGACUAUAUGGGGGGACUCUAGUAGUGAGUGUCACGUAUUCAUCCGCUUAUAAAAAUAUGGUUAAUGGCAUUUACUGUCCACACAGGAAAAGUUGUGCCGAGCAGCAACCAAAUCCACAGAAGGGUUAAUGCUGAGCAGCAAUUAUGCAAAUGGAAACCUGGUAACUGCCUUUGGGGUCAAAGGCCAGUUACAGCCUAUCAGAUCUAGAGGAGGGGUAUGUAGGCCCAGUUCUCAUUCUGCUCAGUGCCAUGUCGUGGUUUCCCUUGUUGUUGUCCGAGAGCGCUUUUUUGAUCCUGGUAAUUCUGGUUAUUUGACUUUGGCAUUGUUUUUGACAUCCCUAUUUUCUGGCAUCCCUGACUCCUGGCUUUUCCUUAUCGUUGUGUCUCUUUCUGUUUCCCUUGACCUCGGCUAUUCCUGACUAUUCUUUGGUACGUUAGUCCGGUCAUUCUAAGGUCCGGUAUACGUUACCUAUCAGUCCUCUGUGUUACACAAUUCUACGUGCUGGAUCAUUUUGUAAUCCUGACAGUGAGGAAUGGGGAGACACUAGAUGUGGGGAACUCUAGUAGUGAGGGAUAGGGGGGACUCUAGUAGUGAGGCAUGGGGGGACAUUAGAUAGGGGGACUCUAGUAGUGAGGAAUUGGGGUGGACUAGAUUGGGGGACUCUAAUAGUGAGGGAUGGAGGGACACUAGAUAGGGGGACUCUAGUAGUGAGGAAUUGGGGGGGGCUGGAUGGGGGGAUUCAAUCUUAAAUUGAAAAUAAUUGUUAGUUUUAUAUUACUAUUAUUUUAUUUUUCUAAUUUUUUUGUAACACAACAGAAGUGGGAAAAGGUGCUGUAAUAUAACCAGUGACUGGUCAGAGUGGGUGCUUUUUUAACUCUGUAUCACUGCUCCUUUGUGGUCCAUAGAAUGCACUUAAGAUACAGGUUACAGUUUCAUAAAGACACAUGGAUCAAGGCAGGGCUCAACAAAUCCCAGGCGCCAUGGCGGCUUACAAUUUUAAUCCAACAUAAAGUAGUUUUUUUUUUGUGGUUUACAGCAUUUUCUUCUUUCCAAAGGUAUUUUUUUACUCUUAUUUCACUCCUUCUGAUUUACAUACUGUGAUGUCAUAUCCUGUGAUGUCUCACAUAUAUAAUUAAUUAUGCAAAUUAGUAUGGCUGGUAUUUUUUUCUAAGAAAGGUGGCAACCCUACCAACAGGGGAGGGAGACCGGCGGAAUUCUCGGGGGGGGGGCAAUUGCCCCGUUGCCCCCCCCCCCUGGAUCCGCCACUGCCAACAGAACAUUGCUUCACUAGAACAAUCAUGCAAAUCAUUUAUGAAGUUCAAUGCAUUAAUUUGGUUAUAGCUCUUAGUGACCUAAGCAACUCUAUGUCACACAAAUUGCUGCUUACCCUUGGGAAAACACUGCAUUCAUUUGUGCAAGUACUCCAAAAAAUAUGGGAGACUUCUAUCUAGAAUGUUCCAGAAACAACUAAAACUAUGCACCAUUCAUAAAAUAAAAUAAAUUUUAAAAAAACAGACAGGAUGCUUUAUAACCUUUAAAUCUAUCUGAUUCCCUAGCAUGAAGGAGAUACACCUUUACUAGGUAUUUAAGAUGAAAAAGCCCUUGACCCUGACAAUUAAGCAAUUCAAUAAUACACUUAAACUCUAAAUAAGACAAUCUGGGCCUUAGGACCAAAUGGGUUGACAUUGCACUAUUACAAGGUGUUUGUAAUGUGCUUUUAUCCAGACUGCUGGAGUGAACAGUCAACUCUGGGGUACCAUUGCAGUAAACUUCCCCAUAGUACCAAAGACCUUAGCAAAUUCCUAAACUAAUAUCACAACUUAAAUGCCAAUCUAAAGCGGUUUACCAAAGCUGUGGUUCUGUGGAUUUAGCGUCCCUACGAGUUUGGAAUAUAAAUGUAUAUAUAUAUUCCUGUGAGUGCACUUUUCUUAGAUUACAUAUUUUGGUUGAAGUUGGCACCCAGGCAAAUACAAGAUCGUUAGAGCGAAUGCUGAACCCACGUGGAUAUAUAUAUACCCAGUAGUUUUUUUUAUCUUUAAUUUAUUAAUGCAGAAUAGUAAUUCUGUUUCUUCAAAUGGUUUUUUAAAGUCUACUAAUUGUUUAUUUGUAAGUUUAGGAAAUUAGAUAUUAUAUAGGAUUUUUUAAAUAUUGGUCUGUAUUGGCUGAUUUGGGAGAUUGUAUACAGGUUGAUAAAAAUUCCUAAAAGCUGCUCCUAUAUUAUCUGGUUUUGAUAAUCUCAUCAUGGUCAAUGAUUUUAGUGAUUGUUCUUCUGGCUUUUUCUUUUUUUAAAUGACUAGAAGACAUACGUUUAUUCUAAUACCCAUAUAGUACCAUCUUUUUCUUUUUUUUAAAUGACUAUACAUACGUUUAGCCUAAUACCCAUAUAGUACCAUCUCCUUUUUAAAUAUCUAAAAUAUAUAAAAAUAUUAAAUAUUCAAAAUCUAGCAAGCUGUGACACAACUACUCAAUAUGUUGUGGUUAGAUAAAAUAAAUAAUUGCAGCCAACCCCACCUACUGGUAGUGUAGCACUGAGUCAAGCUUAAAUAUCAACUUAAAAUAACUCCAGGACCACUCACCCAAUCACAUAAAUUCCAGGUAUAGAAAUGGGUCACAGCAUUGCAGGUAUGGGAUUGGGGGAUUAGGUCUAUUUACAACUAUUGAUCUCCCUGACUAGUAUCAAGCUUCACUAAUGCUUAGUUAUUAUUCAUUAUUAUAAAACUCCAUUGCGUUCAAUAUGUACAUGACCCUAACGACUUUUGAAAGACUUGUUUGCACAUGCACACAUUGAAAAGGGUACCUCCACAGUAUAUGCCCAGCUAUGUAACAAACACUUGCACCCCCUAUUUACCGAAUACUUCUUUGGGAACCCUGAGAUCUCACUACUGAUAGCCUUGGAGGUACAUAAAUGCUUAAGUGCCAGACAUUACAUUAACGUAUGCACACAUGGAAAGAAAGAAACAAACCAUAGGAUGAAAGAGCUGUUAAUUUGUUAAUUCAUUCACUGUAAACUGAUAAAUUCUGAUAAUCCUUAUCAAAGAUAUGAAAAUUUAAAUAUGUAAAUGGCCUAAUAAAAUACGUUAUUGUUCAUUACAGGAUGGGCUCGUUUUAUGCUCCUGGUUUAAUUGGAAUCAAUGUCCUCAGGCUGCUAACCUCCAUGUACUUCCAGUGCUGGGCAGUUAUGAGCAGUAAUGUUCCUCAUGAACGUGUUUUUAAAGCCUCAAAAUCAAAUAAUUUCUACAUGGGGCUGUUGCUGCUUAUUCUUUUCCUAAGUCUUCUGCCAGUGGCCUAUACAAUAAUGUCGCUCCCACCGUCCUUUGACUGUGGACCAUUCAGGUAUAGUAAGUGAUAUUGUAUUGCAAUUUGUAUUAUUAUACCGAGCCUGAUGAACCUUCAGAACUAAACAUUGGAAGAAUGUUAUAUACAUAUGGCAAUACUGCAAUACACUGCAGGUCAGAUAGCUCAAUUGUUUGGUGUAAAGAUAUAGUAUUUGUAGUUCAAGUGUUCAAACUUCAGGGUUACAGGUUUAAUUCCUGACUGUGUAACCUUAACUUCUCAUUAUUUCAAAGUAGCUGAAAUGUAUUCUUUCUUGUAAAAUACAUUGAUGAUAUGAUUAUAUAAUAACAAAAGGAAAAAACCUCAGGCACUCACUGUGAUAAUUUCAGGCAGAUUUAAGGGACACAGCAACGUUUCAACCUGUCCCCAGGUCUUUAUCAAGCUUGAUAAAGACCUGGGCACAGGUCGAAACGUUUCUGUGUCCAUUAAAUCUACCUGAAAUGAUCACAGUGAGUGCCUGAGUUUUUUUCCUUUUGAUAUCUGUUUUAUACAUGUGAUUGAGUGCAACCCUCUUUUUUUCUUCUGGUACAUAAUUAUAAAAUAAGACAUAACACAUGAUGCAUACAUAAAUGCUGCAAAGCAAGGGUUUGAAGAUCCCACUAUUAGAAACUUGAAAUAUAAUCAAUCAAUCAGGAUGACAGAUGUAGAAAACAAAACAUAGGGAUGGUGUCCUCUUAUGAACCGUCAUGGCAAUCUUACACUUUUUUAUAGUGCUUCCUCAAAGCCACAGUGCUGUACUUACAUACUCUGUGAACAUUCAAACAUACGUUUUGGAGGCUUUGUAAUUGAUAAAGGUCACAUGCCUAUAUCAAUCUUUCAUACCUACUAUACCAUAGUGUGGUUAUUGUUAACCAUAUCUACCUGAAGUGUUUGUUAUUCUGGUUUUGAUCUAGGAUUGCUUCCUCAUAGCACAAGCUUUCUGUUAUCCCGUGUUAUCCCUUCUCAUGACUAGUUACUUAAAGGGACACUGCAGUCACCAAAACAACUUAAUGAUGCAGUUUGUGUGUACUGUUCAUUCCUCUGAAGUUGUACUGCUCAAAUCUGUGCCAUUUAGUUAAAUCACUUUUGUUUACCUUUAUGCAGCCCUAGCCACUCCUCCCCUGGCUGUAACUGAUAAAGUCUGCAUGGUUUCAAUUUCAAUCAGAUGUAACUUACUUUGAAAGUUGUUAUCUUCCGCUCUUUAAUCACACACAGGAGCCUCAUGCAAGGUCUAGCAAGCUAUUAAUAGAGCAGAAGAUUAAAAAUUCUAAAUGAAAUGGAAUGGAAUUUUAAAUAAAGGAAGUAUAAACAUUAGAUGUCUCUUUACAGGAAGUGUUUAUGAAAAUUUUGUAAAACACAUACAGGAAGGUGUGACUAGAGCUGCAUAAACAAUAUGAUUUAACUCCUAAAUUGCAGAGAAUUGAACAGUGAGACUGAAGGAGCAUGAUCUAUAUAUCAAAACUGCUUAAUUAAGAUAACGCUGUUUUGGUGAGUAUACUGUCUAACUAUGAGUAUUUGCAGAACUUUACACAUGUCUGUUUACAGACACUCUUCUCUUUGUUCACCCCUCUUCAGAGUUCUGUUGUUAAGUCCAUUAACUCUUUACCUGAAUUCUAAAAUCGAAUUGAAUCUAUAGUAAGACCUCUGUAUAUACAUGCAGAAUAUAUAGAUAGAUAGUUCAAAUCAAAUCAUCAUGGUCACAUUAGCUGAAGAGACCUUGAAUGCAAAACUGACAAAAAUUAUAUAUACGUAGCCCAGAAUUGUCAUUUUGUCUUGAGAGGCUGUUUUACACUUCCAGUGAAUUUUACACUAAAACACUUUGAAACUAAAAAAAAAAAAACUAAUAAUUAAUUGUACCAAUAAUUUAUCUAAAAUUCUGAGUUUGUAAUGACAAUAAAACUGGAUGAUGCAUAUAAGGCUUGCUGUCUGACCUGCAAAAUUAAAAACAUUUUUAGUGGGAAGAAAAGAAUGUUUGACGUUAUUCAAGAAACAAUGCAGAAUGACUUCCCACCAUUUGUUGCCAAAAUUCUGAGUUCCAUAGCAAAUCCUGGCCUGAUUAUACCAGCAAUUCUUCUUAUGGUGUGAGUAUUCGUAUAUUGUUGAGUAAUAUAUUCAUUAAAAAUAAUAUUCAUGUAUUAAUAAUGGUGUAUUUUAAGAAAAUGAGAACCUAAUACAAAAUGAGACAUUCUAGUGAUAUCAUAAGUGAUUAUGCAUUGCAUGGCUAAUAAAGAAAAUAAAAAAUAUUGUUUGGAUUGUGUUUUGUUUAUGAAAUCUCAUAGACACCUCUCCAUCUAACUAGAAAAUGAAAAUAGCAAAUGGUCAAUUCACAUUAAAAUAAUUCAGUGAUAAAACAACAGUCACAAUAAGAUCUCCUAUUAAUACUAUUUUCACAUUAUUGUGAAACUUUGAGAAUCGUAAAAGCACCCCAGAAGAGAUCAGCAAACUAAAUUUGUAUAUAUUUAGCUGUAUCAAAACUCAUUUCUGAUAUCAAAAAUGUGUUCUGUAUUUAAAUCUUACAUUUUCUAUAAUAAAGAGAUAAUAUAAUGUAAUAAAAAAAUACUCAGCAAGCCAUGCCCACUUUUUCAUCAAAAUUAUGAAAUGGCAGGGCUCAAUCAGAGGCUUCUCUUAGAGAAGCAUCAUAGCUGUCUGGUGCUCAUGCGCGGCUUCACGCUGCACCAAUCGCCUUCUUCAUAGAGCGGCAUUGAAUGAGUUCGCGAGCUGAGCUGACUGACAAUCUAUCAAUCUAUCUCUUUCUAUCUAUCUAUCUAUCUAUCUAUCUCACUCACUCACUCACUCUCACACACUCUUACUCACUCUAACACACACUCACACACUCACUCUAACACACUCAGUCACUCACUCUCUCACUUUUACUCACACUCACCCACUGUCACUCACUCACUUUUACUCACUCGCUCUCUCACUCCCUUUUACUCACUCUCACUUGCUCUCUCACCUGUACUCACUCUCUCACUUUUCCUCACUCUCUCACACUUUUACUCACACUCACUCUCUCUCACUAACUCUCGCUCACUCUCACUCUCUUUCCCUCACUUUCACUCUUUUUUACUAUCUCACUUUCAGUUACUCUCUCUCUCACUCUAACUCACUAUCACUUACUCUCUCUCUCACUUUCUCACUCACUUUCACUCUCACUCUCUUUCACUCACUUUCAGUCACUCACUCUCACACUUACACACAAUCUCAUUCACUUUCACUCUCUCAUUCACUCAACCACUUACUCACUCUAUCACUCAUUUUCACUUUCACUCACUUGCGGUUUGGAUCCUCCUGCUGUGUCGCCAGUCUCCUGCCUUCGGCCCGAGCCAACGCUGUGUGCAGGAUAUCUUUAUCUCCCACAUGAUCGGCUCUGGGUACUGACAGGCUCCAGGUUACUAAAGGACACAGGAGGUGCAUUCACAGUGCCUCCUGUGUCCUGAUAGCACGUUUGAUGUCUUCAGCUAAGCGUGAAGAUGUCAAACAUGAGUCCUUGACUUGGAAGUCCCUCUGGUGGCCGUCUAAGUGACUGCUACUUUUGGUGUUCCUAGGUUCUAAUGUAAACACUGUAUUUUCUUUGAAAAUACAAUGUUUACAUGAAAAAGCCUGCAGGGAGCUAUUGUACUCAUCUGAAGAAAAAUGGAGGGAAGAUUUACAAAAAUAUAUUCUGAACACUGUUUCAACACUACACUUUAAUAAAUAUCCCCAAAUGUAUUAAGGAAAGGAAUAGGGAAAAAGUGAGACCCACCUAUACACAUUUUAAUGUAUUAUACAGAUAAAGCCAAAUACCAAAUUAACCUUGCCUUUAAAGUUGCUGUAAUUGCAGAACUUGAUGAAAUGAUGUAGUUUCUGAACCCACAGUGACCAGAAAGUGGCUUAUUUGCUAGAGGGCAAGCUUUAUAGCAGUAGCGCUUUUUCCAUACUGCUGCAUCUAUGGGCUAAACACCAUACAUCCCAACUUCAUCAGUCCUGAAACCGGGACACCGAUGGGAAAGAGGGAAGGGUGAAAAGGGGAUGGACCUGCUGGUAAGGGGGCAUGCCCAUUUACAUUAAUGGCAGAUCAGCCUGGUGUGAAUACAUGCCAGAUUGUCUGCCAAUCAUUUUAGCUAACCCACUAACGGCAGGCCCUGCAGGGAGUACAGUUUCAGUGCUCGCUGCUGGGUCCUAGUGCCCUAUGUUGCUCUUGCGCUAUAAAUGUUUGGACCCCUAAUAAUUGGGACUGUCCUGCAAAUUAUGGACUGCUAGCAGGCAUGCUAAACUGUGCAGGCAGACAAAGUCAUUAUAAUGCUUAGUGCAACAUUUUAAGUAGUUUAAUUUUAGUGCCUCCAUAAUUAUUUAAUCUUAUUUUCCUAUGACUAACAUGUUCUAUGCUCUAUUUUUUUGCUAGGAUAAUGUACUCUAGUAGUUAUAUGAUGCACAUUACUCUUCUACAUGUCUUUUUAUGAGCCCAAUCAGAAUUUGUCCCUGUAACGGAUCACCUUGCACCCCGACUGGGAACUUCUGUUGAAGGAUGCUCCUAGUGCUUCCUGAGGGCUCCAAGCACUCCACCAGAGACCAUAACCACCGCAGACCUCAUGAACCACCGCAGCUUGGUUGGGGUCUCGCCGUCUCCUACCCAUCCUGGACCUACGACACGGCUCCAGGUUCCAGUGGGUGAACCUCUCUUUCCCCAGAGAGUGAAGCAAGAACAAGCUCUUAAAAUAGCUUAGUGAUUAUCCAAGGGAGUAUGAAGAGCAUAGCAAUCCUUUGUAGCUGUUUCCCUCAAUAAGAGACAGGACUCUAAAUUGAGGGUGAAGUAGAACUGGUUUAAUGAACACACAGGGCUUUCUUAUAUACACAUUUUCCCACAAGGUUACCACCCACGUGGACUUCGUGGUACACAGAACACAAAGUUACAACAGCCAAUCAACACAUUACAGUACAGUCAGACACUCCCAGCUAAGGCACACAAACCCUCCCUUCUGCUUGUGAUACAAUUAACAAACACAAUGGGCUAACUUAAUUAUCACAGGCAGAAAAUAAACAGUUUUACCCAAACUCCAGAAACACCCCAAAACACAAACAUAUCCUACAUCCCUGGAUAGCCCUGAUCUGGGUGAACAACAUAUCCAAAAAAUCACCCAGAUUAGAGCAGGGAUUCAAAAGUUUUAUGGAAGUCAUAUUUGACUGACCACAAGCAUGGCUUUCAUGCCCAAAAUAGUUCCACAGAUUUAGGCUGUGUGGCCUGUCUAUCUUCUUCUCUAUCCUGGAGAUAAUAGCUUAAGUGGCUGUGGGAAGCCAAUUAUCUCUAAGUCCAAAAACUGUUACAAAAACUACUUAAAAAUACAUAACUCAUAUAAUACAAUGUUUAACCCAGAUAGCUUGGAUCUGAACACUCAAUAUGUCCGAAAAGCGCUCAGAUCCCACGAAUACAGUUGGAUCGCCAUGGGGUUAAACAAUAGCAAGGGCUGAUGAGAGAUUGAGGAGGGACAAAGCAGCCAGUUUCAACUGGUCUGGCAGUGUACCUGGACAACGCCCUGCUGGAGAAACAAUAGGACAGGAAAAAGGGGGAGGGGAAGAGGCACAUUUUCCCAAGGAAUUAAAGGGGCAGAAAAGGUGUUUUAAAAUCCAAGCAAUGAAGGUAAAAGCUGCAGUUCAGGAACAGUGGGUUCUGUCUCAAGUGCCUUAAACCUCAAUAAGUUACAGGGGCCAUAAUCACAGGGUAGGAGGCUGGCAAGCAGGCCCCUCCAAAAUACUCAUGGCAAACUCCCUAAAAAAGGGGGAGUUUAACACAGUCCCUAAUUAAAUUUAUAAACUAAAUGGGGGCCAGAAGAUCAUACUGAUUCAGCAGCAGAGAAAACGGAUUGUACUUUUAAAGGGACACUAUAGUCACCCAGACCACUUCAGCUCAAUGAAGUGGUCUGUGUGCCAGGUCUCUCAGGUUUUAACCCUUCAGAUGCAAACAUAUGGCUUACAUUUGCAAACAUCUGGCUUACAUUUGGGGUUAAGCCAGCCUCUAGUGGCUGUCUUCCGGGCGGCCACUAGAGGCACAUCUGCAACGCUGGAGGCAUAUUAUUCCUCCAUCACUCAGAGCGUCCAUAGGAAAGCAUUGAGAAAUUCUUUCCUAUGGACACUUUGAAUGCGCGCGCGGCACUUGCCGCGCAUGCACAUUCGGCUCAGCUGAUGUCGGCGAGGGAGGAGAGGUCACCAGCGCUGAGGGAGCCCGGCGCUGGAAUAAGGUAAGUGGUUGAAGGGGUUUUAACCCCUUCAGCGCCACGGGAGGGGGACCCUGAGGGUGGGGGCAUCCUCAGGGCACUAUAGUGUCAGGAAAACCGCUUUGUUUUCCUGACACUAUAGUGAUCCUUUAAGGAUUCUCCUUGUGGAAAUAAUUUGAAGCUUACAGAGUGCGGUUCUUUUUUCUUAAAUUUGAAAUUCACUUUAAAUUUUUACUUUAUUUAAUAUUUAUUAUUUAAUAAUAAAAUAUUUUACCAGGAUGGAUACAUUGAGAUUUCUCUCGUUUUCAAGUAUGUCCUGAGUAACAACCCUGUGAAUAACAUUGUGUAUUAAUUCAGUAACAUGUUAUAACAGUUGUUAUGAUUACUAACAAUAAAAUGUUUUCAUAUUUUCUCAGGUUAGCUAUUUAUUACCUAAAUGCAGUUUCCAAAGCUUACCAACAAGCAAACUUAGAUCUGAAGAAAAAAAUGCAGAUGGUAAGGCACCACCUAUAAUUCCUUGAAACACAAUAGUGCAUUGAUAUAAUGGUUAUAUUGUAAUGUUGCAUGAUUACAAUAAAAAGAAAAAAAAAACUGUUCUAUUAGCUCACAAACAGAAGAGCUUGAAAAAAAGUCAACAUGUUUCCAUGGCAACUGUAUAUAACGGCUGCUGGAGAAUUACAACCAAUGGAAAUACCAUAUGCAAAUGCAUAAUGCACCUUCCAGAUAUUGGCAGUUUAUCAUUCAAUUGCAUACUCAUUCCUCAGUCAAUUACAUUCAAACAAUUAGAAUGUAUGAUGAAAAUACACAAUCAGGGUCAUUUACUAAAGUAAGAAUUCAAAGUGAAUUUCAGAUUUAAGGUAAAAAUAGCUGAACUGGAAAAAGUCAGCUAUGCUUCCAGUUUAGCUACUUUGGCCUUAAAUUUGAAAUUCACUUUGCAUUCUCACUUUAGCAAAUAACCCUGAAUGAAAAUAUAGGGAUCAGGCAUAUUGGGAGUGAAGUUCUCAAUAAAGUUUCCAAUUGAAGCAAAAAAUAGCAGAGUUCCUCAGUGGAAAAAAAACAUCUGAGUAUUAACAUGAUAUUAAAGGAACACUAUAGUUACCAAAACAAUUUUAGCUUAAUGAAUCCGUUUUUGUGUAAAGAUCAUGCCUCUGCAGUCUCACUGCUCAAUGACAUUUAGGCAUUAAAUCCCUUUAUUUACUAGUCACCCCUUCUCUCCUUGUAACUUGUGCAGACUUCCUAAACACUCCUUGUUAAGUGAGAGCUAAUGUGAUAGUUCAAUUGGCAGAGCAGGAAAUAAAAGUGUCUAAACUUUAAAGGGACACUAUAGUCACUAGAACAACUUCAGCUUAAUGUAGUUGUUCUGGUGAGUAUAAUAAUUCCCUUCAGGCAUUUUCAUGUAAACAUUGUCUUUUCAGAUAGACAUUGCCCCCUAGGGACACCUUUCUUGGCCACUCCUCAGAUAGCCACUGGAGGUGCACUGUGUGCAUCACUGCCGUUCAGAGUCUCCACGCUCUGCAUGGAGACGCUGAACUUUCCUCAUAGAGAUGCAUUGAUUCAAUGCAUCUCUAUAAGGAGGUGCUGAUUGGCUCAGCAGGCAUUUGGCACCACCCCGUCCCACUACCACACCGAUUUCAGCCAAUCCAAUGUUUUCGCUAUGGGAAAGGGAAGGCAUUGGAUUGGCUGAAAUCAUUUAAUUCUGAUGAUGUCAACAAGGAUGCAGAUCGGGGGUGGGACCAGCGCCGGUAGAGAAGCGCGGCACUGGAAAUAAGGUACGUUUUAUUAACCGUUUAAGGGAAAAAUGUUAUACUACAUUAUGUAAGUCGCAUAGGUUUAAUUUUUUUUAUUUUAUUUUUUUAUUCUUUAUUUAUGUUGUGGAAACAUACAGCAGUGUCAAACAAGGAUAACAUUUUCCACAAUUUUUAUAUAAGAAAGGUACAUAAAUACAUAUAUUGAAUACUUGUCUUAAAAAAGAAACCUCGCUGGAAGGGGUGCAAGAAAAAGGGGAACCCAACUUAUCUCCUGCCCUCACCUUUAUUCUCAUUUCCAGCACACAGACUCCCCUCCUCCCCCAUCUAAGGCUACCUAUGUCACAUAGCGUGUAUAUUGCUUACACAGGCACAUCAUUUAGCCGGUCACUGUAAUGUCACUCGUCACUACCAACAACUUCCCUCUGGUUCAAUCAAAAGACAUAAAAAGUGGGUAGACUGCUCUAGAGAAACACUCUCUAACCUUGAAUGUCUAGGAACAAAAGCAGUAAAAAGCAAAAUAAUAAAAUAAUAAUUAAGAUGCUGACUAGGCUGUGGUCACACAGAAACCCCAAAUGAGGCCCGGCACCUAUGAUUAUCUUCUCCUGUUCAAGGGACGUAUGGUGGGUUCAGCCAUUGUCUCUCAACCGCCUAGUGACUGGUAGGAAACUGCGUCUCUCCAACAGGACCAAAAAGGGUAAGUCGGCGAAGAUUUGGAUCUGGUGACCCUCUACAGGAACAGCUGGGUGGUUUCUGGAGCGGGCCAGAAUCGCCAUUUUCACUGAGACAUUCCAAGUGACUGCAAUUAUGUCUCUGGGGGCAUCUGUCGGGGCAGCGGGCUCCUUUCAGAUUCGGAACGCUGACAUAAUAGGUAAGGCUCUGUCCACUGUCUUCUUUCACUUCCAGCACUGCCACCACCUGAUUAGCAUAAUUUAGCAAGGCCUCCGGGCCUACUGCCUCAGAUGCCCGCAUAUCCUCAUGUUCCUUCUGUGAUGCCACGCCUCAAGUGUGGCCAAGGACAGGUGAGAAGUUGAAACUGUUGGGGGAGAGACUCCACUUGGGAGUGAGUCUCUGUGAGGUGACCAUCCCUUUCCCCCUCUUGGGUCUCUACCUCCCCGAUGCACCUGAAGAUGCCUCCCACCUCAGCUUGCACAGCCAGGCCUCCUGUAAAGCCAAUAGCAAUUUUUUUAUGUCCCCUUUGGUGGAGUUGAGGCAUCGGUACCUGAAUCGGCUCUGUGGUAUACUCCACCCUGGGCCUGCGGAACCAUGGGCCUCUCCUCAUCCUGCGAUUCCUCAGACUCACUUGACUCCUGGGUCUUCCCGAGUGCCAUCUUAGGUUGGGCCUGGUACUGUGGCCUAUAAAAGGAGCUGCGUAUGUCGGACAUCAGGGAGCUCUCUGAGUGUAACAGCUUACGAUGCUUGCGCCCCAUAACUCUGCCAGGGGGUCAGAGUCAUAGUAGGUAGGGUUGUUGAGCAAACGUUUGUUUCGUGGCAAAUUAGUUGCUUUUUCGUUUUUUAAAGCCAGAGCUAAUCACUAACACAUCCAGUUUAUUUAUAUUUUUCAUAAUAAAUUUCAUAGAACAAUUACCUUAAAUGUUCUGGCAAACAAAGGUGGUUUUGCUGCUAACUCACCAUGAAAUAUAUGUGAGAUUGUAACUAAAACCUAAUAUAACAAAACAGGAGACCUAGAAAUUAAAAAGGAUGCAUGUUAAAUAUAAAAACUUACAUUUUCCUUAUAAAUAGUGAAAUCUGAUUAAGAAAAAAUGAAAAUCCUCACAUUUUGUUAUAUAUGAAAAAAACAAUUCUCGUUGAAAAUCCUUGAUAAACUAUGGAAUAAUUGUAUAUUUAAAUCUGUAUAUAAUUUUCUAACCUUUAAUAAGACUAAAAACAAACAUACAAAUCUAUAAAAUUGGCACAAUGCCUGUACAAUUUAAGGGAGUGGACCUCUACAUCUCUUAAAUUGUACAUUCCUCACUCAGUUUGGUUUUUGUUUUGCUGGAAAUUAAUUAUUGAGGGUGUACUGUUUCUUCUCUUCCUCUCUUUUUUUAAAAAACUGAAUCACUGUUACAAAAAUAAGUAUCACCAGGACAUCUAGAUUUGUGUUUUUUUUUUUUUUAUAUAAUAAUAAUACAAUAAAAGGACACUAUAGAGUUAGGAAUACAAAUCAGUAUUCCCAAUGCUAUAGUCUCCCUGUCCCUAGUUAGUUUUAGGCUCCCCAUGUGCUCUGUAAAAAAGUAACAGUAAUUGUAUUUACCUUAUCUCUAGCAUCAAGUCUCCCUAGGCACUAUCACAUACUCCUCCUCCUGUGUUGUCCAGUCACUUCCAGGACGAUAGUCCAAUCCAGUCCAUAGUCCAAUCCAGUACAUCUCAUUAGGCAUUGGGCACUGUAGGCACAUAUGCGGUGCUUGCUGCAAUCCAUCAUUGAUUCUAUUGUUAUAGAGAGUCAUUGGAUGCAAUGAUUUUCUAUUAAAAGCUGUGAUGGCACUGCACAUGUGCGUGUAACAUCACUGUAUACAUGUGUAUGAAAGCCUGAGAGUAACUGUCUCAGAUCUCCUAACCAGAGUGUUUGGAGGCAUGGCUUGAAGCCUUCUAACUAUUAAAAGAAAUGUUUUGGGGGCACUUGCAAGGGGAGAUCUACUGUGGGCACUAUAACAACUUCAAUGGAUGAAGCUUGUGUAUUUAAUACAGUGUCCUUUUAGCAGCUAGUCAUACCUUACAAGGCUAGAGAUAGCAAAUACCAGGACAGGAAGACCUACCAUUCAACAUGAUUCAUGCUGUAAAGCACAUUAUCUAAGUCCAGAUCAAUAUUAUUUAUAUGUAACCCUUUCUGGUGCGGCCUACCUUUAUUAUGGACUAUAUAUGGACAAUGGCUUCCAUAAACGCACAUAUCUAUGUUUAUUGUACUAAUUUUUACAGAGUUCAAAAACAAACCAUAACUAAUCUCACCGGACAUACUUUUCACCUGUAGACUAUCAGGGAUAUGGACAGUUACAGCAUGAGUAUUCCAUGUGUCUACAGGUAUAUAUAUAGCAUAAUAAUAAUAUAGCAUAAUUAUUAUUUUUUUUUAACCAGCAAAGGGAAGAAGAAAAAAAUAAACGGAACAAUAAUACUCAGACUAAUUCUGUAAUGAGAGAUCUAGAAGAGUUGCUCCCGCCAAGUGCAAGAAAUGCUCUCCGACUUCAAGCCAUUGGUGAAGGUAAAGCACCAGACUUUCCCUUAAUUGCAAUGGGAAAAUUAGAACAAUGUUUGCAUAUGAACUGCUCUGCAUGUAACUUCUUUUUUCAGUGAAAUGUUUGGUGCAGUAUGAUAAAAGUGCAGUGAUAAUGUAUGAUUGUAAGAAGGUACAUUAUGCUUAAAAUGUCAUGCAGUUACACACGCUUAAAGACGUUCAGACACACAUAAGAUCAUCCAAAGCAGAUUUUAUUUGCGCAUCAGCCUAGGUAACAUUUUUGUCUUACAAGAGUUUUUCUAACGCAUAACAUUCCCACAGCAUGUCUCAUAUCUAUAUAUAUAUAUUACAUUAACCAUAAACCAUAAUUACUCACAUAUCAGACACGCCAGCAGAAUAUGAAAAGCAGUUUACAACACUGAUGGGUUCUUCACAAACUAUUAAACAAACAAUAGGCAUUGAUCUGUCAUUGCUUUUCCUUGGUUGCUGAAGUGCACUUACUUUAUUGUCAUCCCUAACUCAUGUUUUCCAUUUUACUUGUGUUUUUUCUGUCUCUACACUUCUUUAUAUUGUUUCUACUUCUUGGUGUUGCUCGUAUUGGUGCUUUGUCUUACACAAAUCUUAAUGUUAUAUAUUUAGGGUUUAGUAAUUAUAUCUCAUAUCACGUUGAUUUGAGUUGGGUUCCACCAUUGACCUCAAUAUAUUUUCUUUUUCAUUUAAGUGCAAUUGAAGUAGAGGGAGAAAUGUAGCAUUUUCUAAAUAUGUUUUAAGAUAUUUUUCUUGUGUUUCAAUUAUUGAUCACCACUAGAGUGAUCCUAUUAUUACCGUAUGCAUUCGCCUAUGGUGUGUGUGUGUAUAUAUAUAUAUGAGAAUAAUCAGCAUUUAAAUUAAUACAUGAAUAAUAUUUACAUGCAGCAAUACACAAUAUAGCUUUAAAAAGUUGUAUGGACGUUAUCACUUGUAGCUGUUUGCUAUUUGCUGAAUGCAAAAAAUGCUUAACAAAAAAUUUGAAUAGAGAUUGAAUAGGGUUUUUGCCUUUUUUUUUAAUAACAAUAGCAAAAAUUUGAACUUGGGAGGCUAAAUUACUAUAGAUAGAACCAAGAAACUAUAUAAGGUUUUCAAAAAGCAUUAAAGCAAUGGAUUGCAAAAGUCUUACCAUUAAUCUACAGAUACCAAGUUGUUAUUAAACUGUACUCCAUUCACAGCAACAUGUAUACACAAUAAUAAUUUGAUUCUUUUUGUUCAAUUUCCAGAGAGUCAUCUCAACCCUGCUCAAAGAAACACACAGAGUGGCAGUGGGGCAACACCGACAAAUAACAAGUCAAUGCCAACACCACGUUUAGCUGUUACAAGCCCACCAGUGCCAAGACAAGCAGGAUCCCACAUGGGGGGAUCUUCCUAUCAUCCUGGGCCUAAUCCACAAGGGACACACUCUAGACAUUGA